GUGGGCGGGGUGGAAGGUCAGGCAGUCGCUGUGAUGAUGGCUGGCGGCGGUGCGGGGUUCCUGCUGCUGCCGCUGCUGCUGUUGCUGGCCGGGGCCCUUCCCCCGGGGGCCCCCAAGGAGCUGUACAGCCCGCAGGACCCGCUCGCUCUGCUGGACUCCCGCUCGCUGCCCCGGGCUCUCAAUAACUCGGCCUCCGCCUGGCUGCUCGAGUUCUACUCCUCCUGGUGCGGACACUGCGUGCAGUACGCCCCCACCUGGCGGGUCCUGGCCGGGGAUGUCAAGGGUGAGCCGGGGGGGGGGGAAUGGAGGGGGUGCCGGGAGGAAUGCGGGGAAACAAGGGGACUGGGGGCAAGCAAGAGACUGGGAGAAUGGGGAAAACACAAGGGAAUGGGGGCAGCAGGGACUGGGGAAACACGCAGGGAAUGGGGGCAAGACUGGGAAACAGGGGAAUAGGGCAACAGGGGACUGCAGAGGAAACACUUAGAAUGAGGGCAACAAGGGGACUGAAACAGGGGAAUGAGGGGCAACAGUAGGAAACAGGAAUAGGGGGCAACAGGGACUGGGAAACAGAGUGGGGGCAGCAAGAGGACUGGGAAACAGGGAAUAGGGCAGCAAAAGGGGACUGGGGAAUAGAAACAGGGGACGCUGGGAAACAGGGAAUGGGGCAACAGGGGACUGGGAAACAGGGAGAUAGGGGCAACAAGGGACUGCAGAGGGGAAUGGGGAAGCAGGACUGGGAAUAGGGCAGCAAUGGGACUGGGGAGGAAUGGGGGCAACAAUGGGACUGGGGAAUGGGGAAAACAAGGAAUGGGGCAACAAGGACUGGGGAAACAAAAAGGGGACUGAAGGGGAAUAGGGGCAACAAAGGGGACUAGAAACAGAAGGGAAUAGGGCAACAAGGGACUGGAAACAGGGAAUAGAAACAAGGGGACUGGGGAGGAAUGAGGGAAAACAAGAAUGGGGGCAGCAGGAAAUGGGGGGCAACAAGGGGACUGGGGAAACAAGGGACUGAAAGGGGAAUGGGGGCAACAAGGGACUGGAAACAGGGGAAUAGGGCAGCAAAGGGGACACAGGGGAAUGGGGAAACAAGGGAGGACUGGGGGGGGAAUGGGGAAACAAGGGACUGGGGAGGAAUGCGACAAGAGGACUGGGGAGGAAUACAAACAAGGGGACUGGGAAACAGGGAAUGAAACAAGAGGACUGGAAACAGGAAUGGGAAACAAGGGGACUGGGGAGAAUGGGAAACAAGGGGACUGGGGAGGAGUGGGGGAAACAAGGGGAAUGGGGACAAGGGGACUGGGGAGGAGUGGGGGAAACAAGGGGAAUGGGGGGUCUGGGGGAAACAAGGGGACUGGAAAGGAAUUGGGGCAGCAGAGGGUCUGGAGGGAGAAUGAGGCAUUAAGGGGACUGGGGAGAAAUGGGGGGCAACAAGGGGAAUGGGGAGGAAUGGGGGGUCUGGGGGAAACAAGGGGACUGGAAAGGAAUUGGGGAAGCAGAGGGUCUGGGGGGGAGAAUGAGGCAUUAAGGGGACUGGGGAGGAAUGGGGUAACACCGGGAAUAUGGGGCAGCAGAGGGUCUGGGGAGGAAUCGGGCAACAAGGGGAAUGGGGGGAGAUUGGGGCAUUAAGAGGACUGGGGAGGAAUGUUGGCAACAAUGGUAAUGGGGGGCAGCAGGGCAUUUGUGGGGAGAAUGGGGAAACGGGAAUGGAAGGCAAUGGGAGGAAACAAGGAGUCUGGGGAGAAAUGGGGGGGCUGCAGUAUGACUUGGGAGGAAUGGGGUAAUAGGGGGUUUGGGGAGUAUUAGGAGGAUUACAUGGGAUGUGGGGUUAAACAAGGAUGGUAAGGUGGGAUCUGUGGAGGCAAUGAGGAACCUGGGAUAGUGGAGUGGCAUCUGGGGAGGCUCUAGGCAACUCGUGAGGGCUAGAUGUAAGAAGGUAUCUGAGAAGGCAGCAAGUCACCUGUGGGGGUAUGGGGUGUGUGUGGGGGGGGAUAAUGAGAAAUGGGGUACAGUAACUGGGGAGGUAUUGGGGUUAAUGCAAUAUGUGGAGGCAGUACUGUAACUGUGGAGGAAUUGGGGUUAAAGAAAUAUGGGGAGGCAGUACGGUAACUGAGGGAUGGUAUUGGGGUUAAUGAGAUAUGGGCAGGCAGUACGGUAACUGAGGGAUGGUAUUGGGGUUAAUGAGAUAUGGGCAGGCAGUACGGUAGCUGAGGGAUGGUAUUGGGUUAAUGAGAUAUGGGGAGGCUGUUUGGUAACUGAGGGAUGGUAUUGGGGUUAACGAGAUAUGGGCAGGCAGUACGGUAACUGAGGGAUGGUAUUGGGGUUAAUGAGAUAUGGGGAGGCUGUGCGGUAACUGAGGGAUGGUAUUGGGGUUAACGAGAAAUGGGCAGUCAGUACGGUAACUGUGGAGGGAUUGAGGUUAAUGAGAUAUGGGGAGGCAGUACAUUACCAGGGGAAGCUAGGAGGCACCUAGUGUGGUCUAGGGUUAAGAAGGGAUCUGAGGAGGGAUGAAAGCAGCAACAGAGCUGUAAAAGUUUUGAACAGGUAGGUAUGGAGCAGUAUAGGUCUUGGGGAGACAUACAUCUGAGGAGCACAAAAGGAAAUGGGAAGCUAAUAAGGCACUUGAAAAAGGUAUGAGGGUAGCGAAGGAUAGGUAAUAAAGUCAUCAUGUAGGGAGGGGUGGAGCAGCAAGGGAUCUGGAAAAUUCUUACAUAAACUAAAUUGGGGUGGCACGGAAUCUGGAGAAUUCAUAACCUGGGGAUGCAUGGGGCAGCAAAGGAACCGUGGAUCACUGAGGCAUAUGGUCAUGGACUGGGGCAAUAAAUCCUAUUCAGGGAGAGGCAGUGAGUUAACUGGUUAGGAAUGACUGUCCUGAAGCAAUAAAUAUUACUAGGAAUGGGGAAGUUAGGCACUUGGAGGGAGAUGUUGGUAACCUGGGAAGAGGAGAAAUAGAACAGUGGGCAUUUAUGUAUUAAAAAAAACCCAAGACGGCAUACAAGAGAUCUGCAGCUUUUUCAAGCUCUUUUUAGAUAUAUCCCCAAUUAAAAAUGCACAAAUAAAUGCAUGCAUGUUUUCUUUGAGGUAUGAGUACUAAACAGUAGUAUUUAUUUAUAUAUAUAUAUAGAUAGAUAUAUAUAUAGAUAGAUAUAGAUAUGGAUAUGGGCAGGGUUGUGACACUUUAAGGUUCAAAAACUUGUCUAAUUUGCGCUGGCCCUCUUGCUCCUGGAAGCACUGGCCACUGAGCCUAGCCUGGCAUCCAACGAGCCAGUCCUGCACAGGAGCAGAGGUGACAGCGGUGGGCAACUGGCAGAACCCAGAUAAAUUGUCAAAACAUUCUGGUGAUGGAGCUUAAACUUUCUUUUAAAUUGUGUGAUUUUUAUUUAUUUCAUAAAGAUCUAAUUUUCAUGAAAUGCUCAUAUUGACUGUAUUGGAAUGUCCUUGAAAUUCCAGCACAUUUUAAAAGAGGCAAAAAAAAAAAACAAUAUAAAGACUUUAAUGUCCUGUGGUAAAGCUUGAGGUUAAUGAAAGGCAGACCUUCUACCAUCACGUUCUGUCAGUUGUGGGAAGUGUUAAUUCUCACAGAUUGCAAGAUAAUUAGGAAGUGAAAAAUGUUGGGAAUUCAAAAGGAAUUUACACAUUUAAGUCCACAGUAGCCAUGUUAGAAAAAUCUGCUAUGCUUCCAGUUCAGCUAUUUUAGUCUUGCGUUUGAAAUUCAUCUGAAUUCCCAACAUUCUCAUUAGUAAAUAACCCUGUUAGUCUAUGGACACUUCCAUAGUCUGGCAGGAAUUUUGCAUAUACAUCGGUUUUGUAAUCUUGGGCAUAUACAGCCAGUACAGCACUGACGUGUCCCCUGGUGGAUGAAGCGCCUGAAAUUAAAGAUGGCAGUGCCCACUGGGUUACAGCUUUUGGUAAGUGUAACUACCCCUAGGACCGCAGAUCCGAAGAGGUUUGUGCAAAGAGUCCCAGAAGAUGACCGAGCACCCAGGCACCCAGACCACUUCUGCCCAUCCCACUACCCUAAACUCUGCAAGUGUAAUUAUUGCAGUUUUCAUAAACUGCAAUAUUUACAUUGCUGGGUCAAGUCGUCCUCCUAGUGACUGUCUACUUCCGUGUUCAUAGAACACUAAAAGUGUUUUAAAACAACGCUGGACGUCCUCACGCAAGCUUGGGUGGAGCCUGACCCAGUGCCGAGGGACAUCGGCGCUGGACUCCGGUAAGUCACUGAAGGGGUGGGAUGGGGGGUGGGAGGGAGAGGGGCACUAGAGGGUCCUGCUGUGCUAGGCAAACUAAUAUGUUUUCCUGGCACUGGAGAAUACCUUUAAGUGGUCAUGAGGCCCUGGAUGAUUAGGACAAAUCAUAGCUAGAAGCUGCAGUAGGGCACUGGGCGAAGGAUGUUUAGUAAAUUGGGUUCUCAAAAUGGCAAGGAAGUAGCUAGGGAAUGGUGGCAUUCCCCAUUAAAGGACCACUAUAGUGCCAGGAAAACAUACUCGUUUUCCUGGCACUAUAGUACCCUGAGGGUGCCCCCACCCUCAGGGCCCCCCUCCCGCCGGGCUGGAUGGAGAGGAAGGGGUUAAACUUACCUCUUUCUCCAGCGCCGGCUGAAUGCGAAUGCGCGGCAGGAGCUGCGCGCGCAUUCCGCCCGUCCAUAGGAAAGCAUUCACAAUGCUUUCCUAUGUAUGCUGGCGUCUUCUCACUGUGAUUUUCACAGUGAGAAACGCGGAAGCCCUCUAGCGGCUGUCAAUGAGACAGCCACUAGAGUCUGGAUUAACCCUAACAUAAACAUAGCAGUUUCUCUGAAACUGCUAUGUUUAUAGAAAAAAGGGUUAACCCUAGAUGGACCAGGCACCCAGACCACCUCAUUAAGCUAAAGUUGUCUGGGUGCCUAUAGUGGUCCUUUAAUGAUGAACAGGGAUAUCUAUGUAUCUAUCGUAUCCGUGGAGAGGAAGUUUGCUGGGCGACAUAAAGUGGUGAGAAAGGUAAUACAAUAUGACUUAUAAAGCACUGAAUCACAUCAAGGAUUAAGACCAGGAAGCACUAAUUCAUACCGGCUUUAACAGAGAGGACAAUUUAGAAACUGGUGAAAUGGGAGCAUUGAAUGACAGAUUUUCAGAGGAUUGAUUGGAAACAGGCAAAUAGCAGGGGGCACAACACGACAUCUUGAUAAAUCAAGUUUUAUUCAUGGAUAAGAUGGCUGAUACAGAGCUCGAGGGGGUGUUGUAUGUUGUGCUAUCAUAACUGCUUACAAUAUGUUACCCCAACGCAUUUUAUCUUUGUUACAUUGGUGUUGCACCCAUCCUGGUCCACAAAGCUCUCAAUUCUAUUUGGUGGUCUUCACAUCUGUUGUAUUUUUGUGGUCCUGGUAAGCAUUGUAAACACAUGCAGUAUGAUCUGUUUAUGUAUUGUAUGUGAAUAGGAUAUCUGUGCCAACCGAGAACCAUUGUAUAGGUAAAUGGUCCUGACUGCCUAUUAAAUCUCUGCAAAAGAAGUGUUAGCCGAUAGCGACCCGGUCUGUGUAGCAGAAUACUUACCAAACUGUAUUGCAGUCAGUUGUUAAAAUGUUUGAUCUUUCUAGAAAUGAUUUAUGUAACAUGUGGACGAUCCGUGCCAGACAGCACGUCGUAUGUGCAGUUCAGUAUUUACCAAUUACUUGGAUUUUAGCCAUUUAUUUCAAUCAUCUCACAUCUUUAGGGUUGGAAAACCUGUAAUACUCUCUGGAAGGAUACGUGAUAGAGUUGGCAACACUCAUUGUUAAUUACAAAAAUGCUGCCUUCUCUGGUGUGAGAUUGUCAUCUGGUGUACCAACAGCUGUGUGUAUUAGAAGUUUAUCGGGUUAUAAAAUCCAGGGAAGUUUGUCAUUCUCAUGAUCCCCUACACCAUAGAAAAGGGUCCCCACAAAAAUUGUUGGAGUAACCCUUUAACAGGGGGGGUGGGGGUUCACAUGCUAAUAAUGCCCUAUAGGGCAUUAUAGAGUAACAUUAUUACUAAAAAGGUUUGUAGUAAUUCUGCACCUCUUAAACAAAGACUUUGGGGGUUAUUUAUUGUAGUGUUAAUUGUCAGAAAUUCUAAGUGCUUUCCAAUUGUAAAACCAAAUAGCUGUACUCAAAGCAUAGCUGACGUGAGAAUGCUUUGUCCUAAAUGUAGUUGUGCCCUGUGUAUUGCAGUCUGCGUUGGCUGUACGUGCAGUGUACUGCCAUAUGGCACAUGAAGCUGGCUGUUUGUCAGUGACAACGUGCCACCUGGAACCUAACCUUUCUUGUUUUCCAGUAGUCUCCAAAAUUCAACUUUGAUCCAUUAACCAUUGAAGUACCAGCUGUGAGUCACAUGCAAUACUGGGCAGUCUAACUUAUCACUAGGGCCAACGAGACAGUUGUGUAACAUUGAUUUGAAUCAGCAGAUAAGUCUGUUGGCUUAGUAACUGCCCAUUUCCUAUCUUAAAGCACAGACAUUAUUGUUGCCUUAGGUUCCUGUUCAGCAGAGAGUCUCCUCCAAAACUCAUUGAACUGUCCCUCUCAUUAGUCAAGUGUUAAAAACAUUUUGUAGCCUCUAAAAAUCAGUCUGAAGUUGUAUGCAGUGUUCUCUGUAUAAGUGUGUGUAUAUGUAUACAUGUAUUUAAUUAUUUGGAUAACCUGAAUACGUGUGAUACCUUGAAAGCAUUUUUGUGUGAGAAGCCAGCCUCCUGGCUGUAUGGGAGCCGUAUCUGAUCAGUAAAGUUUACUUAUACAUCAUCCCGUGGAUAACCUCCACCUGCUACCCUCGCUUACUGUUCACACACCAGUAGGCCAGUGCUGUUUGUACAGGUGGUGCACACUCUCGGAAGUAACCUAUGUUUGACAAAGUUAACACUUUGCUGAUUUAACUUCACGUUGCUCGUGUGAGCCCUUGCACGCCAAAAUGGUUUCACAUCCUAUGUUUCCAUAGUGAAAAGCACAGUGCGAGCAUCACUAUCAUUUUUCUUGGGGCUGGGUUGGGGGGGGGGGGUAGAAUCUAAAUGCAGGGUGACUUCCUCCCCCUUCAAUGGGCAGGAGCAUUUUCCUUACAAGUAAGAGUGCAAUGGUCACAGACAUCCCAGCUGGCGCAACCAAAGACAGGCCGGCAUUGUCAGAAAGCAUUAACAUUUCAGUGCAUCAGUCUUUGUGCAUCAGGACCUGAGCAGUUGGAAGAGGAUGGACCAGGCUGUAUUGAAAAGACUGUGCAUCAAGUUGCCUGAAGCCAAACUUUUUUUUAUUUUUUUUUUUUUUUUUUUAUUCCCAGUGUGUGACUGUGUAUGUAGUAGGAUAGUCUGUUGCACCCUUUAUCUGCCCAUCUGUCCCUAGAUCAUCGCAAUCCUUUUAUCUGCCUAAUGUAACUGAAGUCCUCUGUCGACUGCUAGUUUUGUCUUUUUGGAGGUUUUGUUGUGUGUGUGUGUGUGUGUGUGUUUUUUUUCUUCCUAGACAUGUAAAUAGUUUGUCCAGUUAUUAAGGUGUGUGUGUGUUUUGUUUUGUUUUUUUAAGUAGUAGUUAAAAUACUGGAUCUGGAAUUACAUACAAACUACUGCUUAGUUCUUGAAAAUCAGUAUUAUCUUAGAAAUUAUCGCAUAAUCUAGAAUUUCUAGUGUAAGAAAGGAGACCAUAACAUUAUAAUUUAUAAUGGUUUGCAAACUUUGGCAGCUGUUUCAUGCACAUUUUGUUUGUCCAGUGGAUUAAAGGAACACUAUAGUCCCCUAAAUUACUUUAGCUAAAUAAAGCAGUUUUAGUGUAUAGAUCAUUCCCCUGCUAUUUCACUGCUCAAUUCACUGUCAUUUAGGAGUUAAAUCACUUUGUUUCUGUUUAUGCAGCCCUAACCACACAUUCCCCUGGCUAUGAUUGACAGAGCCUGCAUGAAAAAAAAACUGGUUUCACUUUCAAACAGAUGUAAUUUACCUUAAAUAAUUGUAUCUCAAUCUCUAAAUUGAACUUUAAUCACAUACAGGAGGCUCUUGCAGGGUCCAGCAAGCUAUUAACAUAGCAGGGGAUAAGAAAAUCUUAAUUAAACAGAACUUGCAAUACAGAAAGCCUAAAUUGGGCUCUCUUUACAGGAAGUGUUUAUGGAAGGCUGUGCAAGUCACAUGCAGGGAGGUGUGACAGCUGUAUGUUGAACUGACGCGUUUCACACCUUCAGGAAAUCUAUACAUCUUAACAUAUGGUAGAUUCUAGAUAUUUGCCUUAUGAACUCCUAAAUGGCAGAAGAUUGAGCAGUGAGGCUGCAGGGGCAUGUUCUAUACACCAAAACUGCUUCAUUAAGCUAAAGUUGUUCAGGUGACUAUAGUGUCCAUUUAAGGACACACUGGGGGUGGAGUUGGUGCCGUGGAAUAAUGCCCAUAGCAACCCACUGAUAGAUAUAUAUAUCUAUCAGUAUAUAUUAUAGUAGUCAAUCCCACAAACUUCCCGAACCAGAAGCCUCUACACAGAUUCCCAUUUCCUCCUAGCUAGUGAGGGAUAUGCCAACACUAUAUAUUAUUUAUUGCAGGAACGUCACUUUAAAAACCCACCCAUAAUAAUUGUGAAUGUCUCGCAUACGCCUGCAUGUUGAGCAAUAGGCUGCAGCAAUAGCUGGAAAUGUAUAAAUCUAGGUUUAUAACCAAGACUGCACAAUAUCUGUAUCUACACCUCCAUGAUAAACCCCCAAAUGUACAAUACUAGACAUUCAGAAUAUAAAAUACUAUUCCUUCUGUUUAUGUACUAAAAUAGGAUUUGUUUAUGGCUAGGAGAGAUAAGUUUUGAUCUCUCCUCAAUGUGCAACAAUGGAGAGCAGACAGAAAAUGGGCAAUGUAGAUAAUACAACUCUUUAGUACCGUGUAUAGAUUAUUUUAUUUUAUAUAUAUGUUUUUUUUUAAAUGCCUUUCACUUCAAACGAUGGCCUAAUGGAUCAAACUGCUUCUCAACAGGGCUACAUGUGCGGCAGUGUUCUCCAGCUGUAUGUUGAACUGACGCGUUUCACACCUUCAGGAAAUCUAUACAUCUUAACAUAUGGUAGAUUCUAGAUAUUUGCCUUUGAACUCCAAGCCACUCUGCUUUUUGGGAACAAUUAUAUAAUGCUGCACGUCUUGGUUUCUGUAUAUCUAUCAUAGUGUGCCCAUAAACAGAUUAAACUACAUAAUCUGAACAUAUGAAUUCUGUCACCUGAUGAUCAUUUUAGCUGAUUCCUCGGGUCCAGUUUCAGCUUGGGUAAAUCUAGGGGAAUUAGCUAUACAUUUUCAGAGAUAAGUCUCCUGAGAUUUCACGUGGAUUUGUUUUGUGGAUUCUAGUUAUUUGAUAGAUUAAAUCACUAGUCCAUCCACAUAUUAAAUUGCCUGUGCGUCAAGCACCAUUCUUUAUACAUUGUAACAUCAUCCGCAUAUUGACGCAAACGCUCUGCAUAAAAACUGUUCUGAAGGUGCCAUUUUAUUUCUGUAAACGCCUCUCUUUCUCCUGGCAGACUGGGAACCCGUGAUAAAGAUUGGAGUGUUGGAUUGUGCCAAUGAAGUCAAUACUGAUGUCUGCAAGCAAUAUGGUAUUCAGUAUUAUCCAUCGUUUCGGGUAAGUUGCUUAUGUAACAAUGCACUGUAUUAGGGAUUGACUGAUUAUUGUUUUUUUAGAGCCGAUACUGAUAAUUGGUGAACUUUCAGGCCAAUAACGCUAUUUUGUACAUUUUGAAAAAAAACAAAACUAUUUCUAUACAAAUCUACUGUUAACUGAACAUGUUUAUUUAUUUUUUUGCAAAUCUUUAUUAAGGUAAAUGCACAAAAUAUACAUGUCAGAAUUUAUGUUUUCAGGAAUAUGUGUGUGUGUAGUGGAUGCAGUGAGAGUAUUUAAUUAGUGGAUGUAGUGUGUGUGUGUGUAUAGUGAAUGCAGUGUGUUUGUGUAGAGUGAGGGUGUUUGUGUGGGUUUGUAAUGUGUGCAAAAUGGGGGAGGGAGGGGCAUCUUUAUUUGGUAAACUUUUUUUUUUUUGUAAUAUAAUUUUUUUACAUUUAGUUUUAGUCCCGCCUCCCUGCUUCUUACCUGGCCAGGGAGGGAGGAUAUGGUAUUCCCUGGGGGAGCCCACGAUACACUCUUACUUCCAUUCCCAGCAGCUCCACUGUCGUGGCCUGCGUGCCGCGGCAACGCUCCGAUAGCCUGGGGACUUGCGAGAUUUACACAGAAGUGCUGAAGGGAGCUGCUGGGAAGGUAAGAGUGUGCUAGGACCGCCGCGGGCCCCCCCGGACCCUGAUGGAGGCCCUGGUCUGCAUUAUCGGCAUCUUUAUUGGCCGAUACAGAAUCUGUCGAUCCCUACACUGUAUGCAUUUAUUUGUAAUAGGUGAAAAAUAAAAUGUGUUAAUGCACACCUCUUUAUCCUGCAACUGGGUGCCUCCAUCUUAGCUCCCUGUCAGUCACUGUUAUAAGCUCUGUCUAUUGCACUUGGUAGUCGGCAUAGAGAGGCAUAUAAAUUUUGUUUAUUUUUCUUUUCAUCAUUUACGAUGUUUGUUCAGGCUGUGCCAGGACUAAACUGGAUUGUCAUGUCCCUUAAAUUCCCUGAGAGCUGAGCAGCAGGAGUCUUGCGCUGUGCCAUGCACCCAAUGGCAGGCAGCCUGUGCAAGGCAGUGGUGGAUCCGGGGGGAGGAAGGGCGGCAAUUGCCCCCCCUCCUCUUAAGCACCAUCCACGCGUAACGGAAUGUACUGUAACACGUAAGCUAUGAUAUUUGUACUGAAAUACAUGUCUCUAUUGUUCUUGAUUCUACCGACCCACUCAUGCUCGUGACACACAAUCCACAUUGGCUUUGAAGAUACCCAUUAUGAAGUAAUUGCAUUACAGGAGGACUUUCACCAAGAUAAGACGUUGUGACGGAGAUUAAACUUUGGAGGGGAUUUUUGUUUUCUACCAGCAGAUCUGACCACUUGUGCUCAAACAAUUCUCAUUAGAUUACAAACCAGCAGAGCUGUCAGAAUGAUUCCGUCCAGACUAGAGGCCUCUUACAGCAAUAUAUGGAAAGCAGGACAUAAUUUCAGAUUGUGAGUUACUACCUUAAAGACUGCUGGUACAGAAUUAAAUCUACACAUCUGGAUAGGAGCAUUGCUUCGUUUUACCUUUCCAGUUCACAAUGCUUCCCAGAUGUUGACUUGUCUUGAUUGCAAGCUCAUUUUAUUUUUUAACCCAUAGACUAAUCUUAGAUUUACACCAUGCCCAACGGAGCUUACAGUUUAUUUAAAUGCUUAUUUGGUGUAAUCUAUAGGAAUGUGCAGUGUCACCGGGGAAAAUCUUGCAAAGUCCCCGAGUCUGAAACCUGCCCUGGAAUGAGUCUAGGAUUAAAUACAAAGUGCGGCCAAUCAGACGUGGUACACCUGACGACCUUAAUGUUCUCUGGAAAGGAAAUAGGAUUAGACAUAAUUAUAGUGAUUUCUUUCCUAAUCUCCCCGUUGUUCUUUUCCCAGUCAGUGGAUUGUUUUGUUUGUUGCUUGAAGGUUAUACUACUUUAUUUAAUUUUUUUUCCUUUCUUGAAAUCACACAGAUUUUAUUUUCCUUUUUCGAGAGAUCACUCUUGCAGAAUGAUUUUUUUUGUUUUUUUUUUUGCUUGUUCACCGUCCAUCUCUGCUGUUUACAUGGUGGCAGAUCUAUCCAGGGACUGGUUUUUCUGUAAGUGAUCAUUAUAACCUCUGAGCUGAGAUUGCCGAAUUGCAGACUAGCGUAAGCAUGGCUCCUGUAGAAAUUACACGAAUUAUAAUGCUCUUUUAUACAGCACUAGAAGAGAAGUAAAGAGCUGUAUAUUUAUUUAUAAUCUUUGAGUGUUCCGUUUUACCUUUAGAUUCACGCUCAAUUAACUGCAGGGACUGGGUCUUUGCACAAACUACAUUAAGAUGGUAGUGGUUUUGGUACUUAGUGUCACGGCGCAGGGGAUUUGUAUCAACGCAACCGCACCUGAUCAGUGCGGUCGCGCCAAAUCUAAAGACAAAAGUCCAUGAUCGGCGUAGCCGCACAUGAGCAGGGCGGUCGCACCGAAAAGGGAAAGUUUAACUUACCUGGAUCGCGGCGGAGUGCUGCCCGAGUCUCCCAGAAGACUGGUCCCGGCUGGUGCGGCGUUCUAAUGGUUGCCGGCCGCUGUGGUCCCAUCCUUACUGAUAAAGGGCACACUGUCCACAUUAAAGAUUGCGACGAUGUCGACAUACACACACUUUUUGGGUCAAAGGCCAUGUACUGACCAAUCACAGCACUGAGAGGCAUAUUUAAACCCUGUUAAUGUCUUUUCUCAGUGCCCUGUCGUGGUUUCCACUGGUUGGUUGUCAGCGCAUUCUUGGUAAUAUUUUCUGUUUUUUGACUUUCCCUAGUUCUGGUAUCCUGACCUUUUGCUAGUAUUUCGUUUUAUCUCAUUCUGUUUCCCCGACCUCAGAUUGUUAUUUUGACCAUUCUCCCAUACGUUCUCAUUCUAAGGCCUAGUAUACGUUGUUUGUGAUAUAGUACUCUUAACACUUGGUACUGGAGUACUCUGCCAUAGUAGACACUUGUAUUUUUUGGAUGUUACUACAUAAAUUAAGUCACCUGCAAGCACUUGUCAUGUUACCGUUAAAGGGAUUUAAAAAAAAAAAAAAAAAAAGUUUUUUUAAUCCAGUCUCAAAAUGCCAAUUAUAAAUUGGAAUUCACUCUUUCUGUUAGAGUAGCCUGAUCCCCUCCCCCUUUGUAUAGAGUCAGGAAGUGAUUGUAGUGUCCCCAUCUAUCUGAUCUGUCCUGCUCCUUGGUGAACCACUCUUUGGAGGUCCAAUGUUUUUUUGGGACAGUUUGACAGUUUUGAUGGGUAACGUAGUUACUUAUACAGAAGCUGUGAUUUACCUGCUAGUGAUUGAUCCUCUUUCCCUUAUUUAAGUGUAGCACAGGGAUGUGUAACAAUGCUGCAGCACUAGCUAAUGUGUCAGAUCUCCUCUUUCAUUAUGCAGUAUGAUCACAUAUCUUUCCCUCCAUGGUGCUGAAUGCUUGCAGGGGCCCUCACUGACCCACAGAAACUGGAUGAUCGGAGUUGCAAUGUUUUGAAUCUUAUGCCUGUUGAUCUUCGACAGUUUCGCACGAGCUCAAAAAAUAUAACUUGCUUGUUUGGUUUGGAAAAUGUGCAGUCUCCUGUCUAGUUGGUUAUUGGAUCAUGCACAUGCCCCAGAAAUUAACGUAUAACCGAGCUGCCAAACUUGUUUAUAUUGCUCGAAUCCAUUAAUUUUCUUUUUUUUUUUUGGUAUGACUGUUGGUAAGGGUAAUGUUUUGUGUCUGGCGUGUCCUAGCUGGCUUGAACAAACUUUCGUAGAAUUUAGAAACCAGGGAGAAAAGUUUUGAAAAUGUUUUAUUCUUAAACUGAAUCAAUUGUAUAAUGGUUUUCUUAUUUUUCUAGUUUUUUAAAGCUUUCACCAAAGAAUUUACCCAGGGAGAAAAUUAUAAAAGUAAGUUUGAUGUUUGUUUAAAUGCCCCCCUGCUGUUUGGCUCCCAUCUUAACCCACUACACUACCAAGCACUUGAGGGUUUGAAUGAAAAAAAUGUGUAUAGAUUGCUUAUCAGAGAAACUGUAUGCGUAUUCAACAAUAAUAGUAUAAAAGCAAAAUGCAUUUUAUUUUCUUAAUUACGUUAUAAAUUAGCUUAUAGGACCCUGAAGGUAUUACUAGCAGUACAGCUUACUAAAAUGUCAACAGUAUGUAAAAUGAAUAUAUGCAUUUUUGCAUAAUGCACACAUAUAGUAAAUACAGUUAUAUCAUAUUUCUAAAAUAGAUAUUUAAAACUGCUAUAGCAAUAUUUAUUAAUCUCCGGAGUGCCUACUUUCUCACCCCUCCUUUCUGACUGUAAUAAUGACUCGCUGCUAACCUUUACUUUUGGGAAUGAGAGGGUAGCUGUCAUUUUCAGCACACUUGCAGACAUUAAAAGGACACUAUAAGCACCCAGACCACUUCAGCUCGUUGAAGUGGUCUGGGUACACCCUUAACACUGCAAAGCUAAUUAUUUAAGAUUUUUUUAUAAACCGAAAUUAAUACCUUUUCAGGGUUAACUCCACCUCUAAUGGCUGUUUACCAGAAAGCCACUAGAUGGACGCCCGGGUCGUUAGAUGACUUUUGGCUGCCUAAAUGACGCUGUACGUCCUCACGCUAUGCAUGGGGACAUCCAGCGUCACCUGAAUCCCCAUCGGACAGCAUAAUGCUUUACCAUAAGAGAAAUCCUAUUGCGAGCGUGGCCAUUGCUGUGCAUGUGCAUUAGAUGUCUCCUACCUGCUGACGUUGAGAGGAGCGGAGGCAGACCCGAGGCAGCGCUGGACACAGGCAAGUGACCGAAAGGGUUUUUAACCUCUUCCGAGCUGCGUUUCCCUUUAAAUGAGUGGCCAGUUGCGACUAUUGGGAGUGAAGAGAUUAAAGUGUCUGGACCCUGUGAUCGGUCUGUAAGCCAGGAAUUCUGUACAAGGUUACCAGGCAAAGUAUGACGUAUGAGGAAUAAUGUCAAAUAAGCAUGGGCAACAUUAUUAACCGAAUACAAACAAUAAGUGAUUACAGUUUUUCUGUGGUUUUCAGGUGGAGCUGAGCACGAUGUCCAAACUGUCCGGCAGGUCAUAAUCGACUUUCUCCAGAAUUCCCCUGCGGAGAGUAAACCCCCGGCCUGCCCUUCGUUGGCGCCCAUUGAGUAAGUCUGUUUCCUGUGGUCUACAUCAAGCAUUGUUUAAGGAACACAGUAACUUUAAAAACAAGUUCCUUUUAAAAGUUAGUAUGCAAAAUGUAAAGUAAAGCAAUAAACCUUGCCUGUAAUCCAGUGCUGAGACUGUCUCUGCUCUGCAGGCUGGUUCAUUAAUCAUCGUCUGAGGACACGUGGCACAUCUGCUUGACAGACACUAGCUGCAUGUUUAUGGAAAAAUUUAAACAUUGGUGUUUCUAGGAAACUGGAAUAUUUUACAGCAUCCAUGCACCAAAACCACUGCAGUAAGAUGCACCAUGGUUUCUUUUAAGUCACUGUUGGCUUUUUUUUUUUUAAUAAAAGUUACUGAUCACAUCUGAUGACCUUUUAAACCAUUUAGGGUCCUAUUCACUAAACCAGGAAUUGCCAAAGAAAUUACAUAAUUGUUAAUCCAAACUAGCAUAGCUGGAAGUAUUUUCCACUCGCUUUGGCCUACAAUUUCCUUUGUCAGUUAAACAUGAUGAUAUUUUAUAGCACAAAACAAUCCUAGUCUAUUUUACUGCCAGAUUGCCAAGAAUUAUUUGUCAUGUUUGCAUAUGCGUCAAAGCAUUUAAUUUCUAGAACGUAUCCCACAGUCUGUCUUGUUCCUCUUUGGCACACCUAAAACAAAGGGUGUUUUUUCAUUAUGUAUCUUUCCUUGUCUCUCUGCCCUAAAUUAAUCGGAUAUUUUUUAUUUUCUUUAAUUUUACUGUGUACCAGAUCAAGCCAAGUGGAAUCUCUUAUUGCUGUGAAGGAAAGCCAUUACACGGCUGUUAUUUAUGAAAGUCCUGAUUCGUACAUUGGGCGAGAGGUAUGUUGUCACCCUUUGUUCACACAGACAUUUGUAAUUUAAAUGUUUCAUAGACCUAAAAACAGGAUUUAACUAUACAUUUAUGAACUGGCCCUGUUCUCUCCAGAGUGCUAUGUUGGCUGAAACAAAAAUUUAUUUUAAAGGAAUAUGGUUAGAAACAUAGAAACAGAAUGUGACGGCAGAUAAGAACCAUUCGGCCCAUCUAGUCUGCCCAAUUUUCUAAAUACCUUAUCUUAUAGUUAGGAUAGCCUUAUGCCUGUCCCACGCAUGCUUAAACUCCUUUACUGUGUUAACCUCUACCACUUCAGCUGGAAGGCUAUUCCAUGCAUCCACUACCCUAUCAGUAAAGUAAUACUUUGAAAUAUUUGAAAAUAGAACUCCCACCUCUGAUGCGCACCUUCAAGACUUCUCUAGGGCUGCACCGUUCCUGUGGAACUCCCUUCCCUUCUCUGUUAUACUUUCACCCCGUCUCCAUUCCUUAAAAAAAAAAUAAAUUGAAAACUCCUUCAGGAAAGCGUAGCAAUUAAACUGUUUUCCCUCCCAGCCACCCUAUUUCCUCUCUUCACAACUGUCAUCCCCCCCCUAAAAAAGUAAUAAUAAAAAUUAGGGAUCGACCGAUAUUUAUUUUUUAGAGCCAAUACUGAUAUCGAUAAUCUGUGAACUUUCAGGCCAAUAGCCGAUAACUUACCGAUACCCAGGGACACGAGGCAAACAAUGCAUCUGCCUUGGGCGGCGCUUUGCAGGGGGCGGCAAAAAAAGGCACCCCCCAAAAGCCCAGGCAGAUCCCUUGCUUGCCUCGUGUCCUGGGGGACUCAAGAGCUGGCCCGCUGGCCACUUUUGAGCCCCUCCGAGGCUGGCGGCGGGCAAUGAGGGAGCAUACUCACCUGAGCUCUUCCUGCUCAGCUCCCUCCGCGCCGCUUAAUAAAGGCCGGGAGCAGGCAUUUGAUGUCAGACCGGCUCCCGGCAUCACUAAGCGACGCGCGAGGGAGCUGAGCAGGAAGAUUAAAGCUCCCUCCCCAUGUACUCUGCCUGUCUGCCCCAUACUGGACAGGUUAGUAAUCUACUCCACCUCUCCCAGGGAGGCUGGGUGGAUUUAAAAUAAAAAGGAGUGUUGGUGGUAAUGUGUGUGUCUGUGAGUGAAUGUGCGUUUGCAUAGGCGUGCGCAGCCCAUUGCAUAAGGGUGUGCACCCUAAAGCACAAACAUACAGGAUAUAUAUAUAUAUAUAUAUUUUCUGUGUAGGCUCUGUGUGUGUGUGCGCGGGUGGGGGGCGUUUAGUUAAUAUCCGUGCUGCUGCCAUCCCUGGUGGUCCAGUGGUGAGUGAACUCUAGCAUGCGGGGCUUGAGUUCACUCCACUCUUGCGAGAUCUGAGCGUUGUUGCGGCAACGUUCCGACUUCGCGAGAAGAAACCGGUGGAGCUGCUGGCAAGAGCUCCCGGGUCCUCUCCUGCCUCCCUUCAUGCUGCUGUGGGUCAGUGAGGAAGAUCUUUGAUCUCCCUCACCAGCCCACGGAGGGAGGCACAUAACGCGGGCCAUGGGGACACCCCGUGCGCACGCCUAUGAGUAUGUGUGUCGGUCAGUGCGUGCCUCUCAGUGUGUGUCUAUCGGUGUGUCAAAUCAGUGAGUGUAUUCAUCUAUCAGUGAGUGUGUGCGUCUGUCAAAUUGCUGCUUUGACUGUAAGGGGCAAAUUUUAAUUAGGGGGGGGGGGGUGCCCGAGCACCGUCCUGCCUAGGGCAGCACAAAUCCUAAAUACACCACUGCCAAUACCAAUAUUAUGUACAUUUACCAUUAAAAAAAAAAAAAAAAAAAAUUAAAUUUUUUGUUUUUGUUUUUGUUAAGGUAAAUGCACAAAAUAUACAUGCCAGUCAGAAUUUGUUUUCAAGAAUGUGUGUGUGUGUAGUGGAUGCAGUGUAUGUUUGUGUAGUGUGUGUGUAUAGUGUGUGUAUAUAAUUAGGGAUCGACCGAUUAUCGGCCGAUAUUCGGUAUUUUCGGCAGAAUCGGUGUCUGCCAAUAAAGAUAACGAUAUUGCCGAUAAUACAUACCUGUCAUGGGCCCGGCAGUCCUGGGGAGGCCCAGCAAGCGCUUACUUACCUUCCCUUCAGCUCCCCUGAGUAAAUCUCGCGAGUCCCGCGGGUGUCAGAUCGUUGCCACGGGUUACCGUGGCAAUGCUCCAGGCGGCAUGCAGGCCGCGAGAUUUACACACGGGAGCUGCUGGGAAGGUAAGUAAGCGCUUGCUGCGGGCACCCACUGCACCUUCCAUGCCACUGAACCACCAGGGAAUGCCAUAGCCCCCCUCCCUGACCAGAUAAGCAGGGAGGGGCGACUAAAAAAACAAAUGUAAAAUUAAUUUAAAAAAAUUUGAAUUAAAAAUGCCACCCGCCUCCCCCAUUUUACACAAAUUACAUACUUACAGAAACACACACGCACACACACUCUGUGUUAUACACACGCUACACAAAUACACUGUAUUCACUAUAAACACACUAUGUACACACACUCUGCAUUCAUUACAUACACAAAAACACACUGCAUUCAUUAUACAUACAAACACGCACACUGCAUUCACUUUACGCACACUACAUAAACACUCACUGCAUUCAUUAUAUACACAAAUACACACAGCUCCCCUGUCUAAACACACUGCAUCCACUACAUGUGGAAUGUAUAUUUUGUGCAUUUACCUUUAGAAAUAGUUUAUUUUUUUCAAAAUGGUAGAUGUACAGGAUAUCGGUAAGUUAUCGGCCUGAAAGUUCACAGAUUAUCGGUAUCGGCUCUAAAAAAUCAGGGCCGCAGGACUCGCGAGAGUUACAGGGGAGUUGAAGGGCGCUGCUGGAAAGGUAAGUAAGAGUGUGCUUGGCCCCCCAGGACUGCCGCCGGUCCCCCAGAACCCUUAUGGCAGCCCUGGUCUGCAUUAUCGGCAAUAUCUGUAUCUUUAUUGGCCGAUACCGAUAUUGCUGAAAAUACAGGAUAUCGUCCGUUAUCAGCCAGACCGAUAAUCGGUCGAUCCCUUACAAAAAUAAUCCACCAAGCCCUCAGUAAAUACUUUUCUAGCAACCUAUUUUUCAAUCCUACCCCUACCUUUUGUGUCAAAAUAACCCACUCUCUCUAGCAUGUAAGCUCGUUAAACAGGGACCUCCACCCCCUCUGAUUCUGUGCGUCUAACUCGUCUGGUUACAAUUAUGUGUCUGUUAGUCCACCCUUUAUACAGCGCUGCGGUAUUUGUUGGCGCUUUAUAAAUAAUAAUGUAACAAAACAAGCAUAGGCCUCAUUUAAGCCUUAACUGCUGAGUAUCUUCCCCAAAUUGUGCAUUUAUUUUGAGAUGUUAUACAAAGUGUUUUCAUUGAGAUUUGAUAUCUCAUGGUGACCUGUCAAUAUAUGCCUGUAUAUUUGUCUUUGCACUACAAACAAAAACAAUAAAACAACCGGGACAGGCAUCUACCUGGACUCAGAAAGCUGUAUAUCCCUGAUACCCCUAGUCUCUAAUGAUUGGGAAUUUGUGAGUUGGACCAUAAACUGUGGGACAGUCAGAGUUGUGUUUAAUACAGGAAGAGCAAAGUGACUAAUAUAUAUAUAUAUUUUCUAAUGACGGUUAUGUUAUUUGAGGGCUUGACAAUCCAAAGUGUACAGCGGUGAAGACAAAGGAACGAGUGUGUAAGAAGAGGGGAAAAUGCUUCCAUUAGGCGGGCUGUUAUGUUAUUCCCUAUGUUGUAAUUGUCACACGGUUUUGUUAACAAAACUGUAUUGUUGGGAAUUCACCAGGGAGUCGCAGUUUCACUCUAAAAUAGCAGCAAGGUGGAAACCAGGCCUGCUCGGGGAAUCUUUCCAGUUCAACGAUUUUGACCCAAAAUGUCUAGUUCCAUGGUGAAUUCUCAUCCAUUCACAAUUUACUGGGUUAUGCACUAAUCUCUGAAUUUGCAAAAUUCACACUAAAAUAGACCAGGAUUGCUUAUAAGCCAUAAUAGCACUGGAAGUGGAAAUGUUUUUCAAAUUCUUUUAUAUUCGCCUUAUUUUACCAUUCAGAGUUUAAUUUGGAGUUUGAUGAAUAACGCGUGAAGUGCCUGUUAAAAGGACACUCCAAACACCUAAAAUGCUUUAGCUUGUUGAAGUGUAAAGAGUGUUAACUUUUUUACAUUUUUGUAAAAUACUGAUUUCAGUAGUUAUCAGUGUGGACUGAGAAGGAAGGAGAGGACUUGCAGUAGCAGCAGACACUAAAUCUGCAGCUUUUGCAAGCUAAGGUUUCAUUUACCCCUGACGAAAACAUUGGGGAAAAAAAACAAUUUUCUUUGGGUUAUAUCUCCCAAAUUGGUGGGGGUGUUUUUUCUGAUGUCUUUUUCAGCACCUGUUCAAUAGACUUCAUUCUUGCACCUUAAAAAAAAAAAAAAGAAUCUCUUAUUUAAAUGAACACUCCAUGCACCAUAACCACUACAGCCUGCUGUAGCGGUGAUGAUACCAGGAGCGCUCUGCCCCAGACCCAGAGAAAUGUGCUGAAUAGUUUUAGGAUGGGUCCCACCAGAUGACAGAGGCUGCAACCAUGCAUCCAGAUUUCCCUUGUGGGAGAAUCUGAUUGGAUCCACUGAGCUAAGCAGGGCUGUAGGGUCGCACUUAUCAGCUGAGAGUGACAUUACUGCGACCCUCUAUCAGACCUGCUUGGAAUAGUGAAGACAUCCAUCUUCUUAUAAAGGAGAAGAAAGGACGUAACAAGGCGCCUGAAAAAUUCUGGUAAGUUGUCAAAUCGUUCUACAAUGGUGGGCUUCAGUGGUUAUAGUGUGUGGGGUAUUAUACUAUUAUUUCAUUUCUUUCCCAUAUCCUUAUUGAGACAGGCUGGUAGCAGGAGAAAACUUCCCUCUGUUUACUCUGUAACUCAUUUUAUAUACUCCUUCCUGGGAGAACAUUCAUUGUACUUGCCUGUUCUGUCCCCUAUGCAUUGCAUGACUUACCCCUCCUCUCCUUGACUGACAGGUAAUAUUAGACUUUGUUCAAUAUGAAGGGCUGGUGGUAAAGAGAGCACUGGAUACGGAUAAGGAGGCUCUGCAGAAGCUUGGUAUUGUCUCCGUGCCUUCAUGUUACCUGAUCUACCCAAAUGGUACACAUGGAUUAAUUAACAAGUAAGUACCUAAGUGUUUGUAAGAGAUACUGGACGUGGGGUUCGUUAUUUUCCCUCUGUGAGUGCCAGCUGUGUGCUCAGUGCAUUGCUUUGGGUAUAUGUCUGGCUUCGUAAGGUUUAAAGACAAGCGACAUUGUAACUGUAUCCACUAACCUCCUUUUCACAUUCAUCCAGCAUUCUCUGGUAUGAUGGCGUAAGUGUUAAAUAGAAACCGUUCCAAAAUGGAGCUUGCUGUCAGUGUUUUUUUCUUAAAAUUAAUUGAAAAAUUUCUAAUGCAAAGCAAAGGUUGAGUAUAUUUGUAUGUCCUGAAAGCCCCGGGACCAGGCCUUGGUGACCCGAUCAUUAAUCAGUUUGAGAGGUGUCUGAUUCUUCUCACACCCACCAUCAGGAUUAGAGGAGAAAACAAGGGAUGUGCAAAAUCCAGCCUUGAAAACCUCCAUUUGUUGUGUGUGUUAUUCUAUUUAUUAAGCACCAACGUAUUGUGCGGCGCACCUACAAAAACAAACUGAUGGUAGUCCAAUGUAGGGAAACAGGGUGAAAAGAUGAUAGAAGCACUUAGUCAGUUUUAGAAAACUUUCCAGCAGUCUGAAUGGUGGUUUUGUUAAAUUCUGCUCAUUAACUGUCUGUUCCUAGGUUAUCAGUGAAAUGUCAUACACAGGAAACUGGUGCCUGAAUGCAUUAGCAUAGCUGCUUAAUGAGCGACCCUACCGCCAGUGCCCCUAAUGCUUAGUCCCUAUGUUAUUGUUGUCCUGCAGAGCUUUGAGCAUCUCCUAUGCAGCUUGUCCUAACCUUGUACAAUGUGACUAUCAGCAGGCUGCCAUCUUGGAAUUGUAUCCCAACAAAGUUACUCACUAAAGUGAGAAUUGCUGUAAAUGCAAAGUGAAUUUCACGAUUUAAGUCGAAAUAGCGCAAAUGGAAACAUUGUCCAAGUCUGUUCGGUUACUUUGAAUUCCUGGCAAUUCUCAUUUUAUUGAGUAACCCUGUAUGUGUCGAUUUGAAGCCUUGCCAUCAAUACCUGUUGAACAGUGUUAUGUAGGAUAAGAUCAGACACCAGAGACUGGAAUGAACAGCUCCUGCUUGGCAGAGAGUCUCUCUGUUCUGGGCAAGGCUCGCUGCAGCCUGUCUGGGGAGAUUUUAAAGGGUACCUGUUACUUCUUGGGAUUCUUAAUCUUAUGUUUACUUAUCUCUAUAUUUUACAAACAUGCAUUUCUGUCAUGUGAAAAAUAGAAUUACGGUAAAUGUAGGUUUCCACGCUCCUUUAUCAUGCACCUGGACACCUCCAUCUUAGCUCCCUGUCAACCAUUGUCACACGCUCUGUCCUUUCCACCUGGCAGUCCGCGUAUAGAAAGCUUACAGAGAAAAGGAGGAAUAUUGUUUAUAUUUCUCAUCGUAAUUUGCAAUGUUUGCCCCAGCCUUGCCUGGACUGAGCUGGAUUGUGGGGUAAUUUUGCUAAAUCUUCAAUAAAAAUGUAAAAGGUUAACAAAUGUAUUAGUUGAUUAUUUUUUUUCAGUGCCUAAUUUAAUAGUGUAAUAUCCAGAAAAGUGUCAGUUCCCCUUCAGAAAGGAAUAUAUUUCCGUUUUUGUUCUUGUUUCUGCAUUAUUUGUACAAUACAUUGAAAAUGGGGGACACAUCAUGUCCGCAAUGUCCUUUUUUGUUGAACAGAUUUAAAAUGAUUUUAUUGUAUGGAAUGGUUUUCAUUUGCUGCAUUAGGACAAGGAGUGUUAUAAAGUGCAACUAAGGAGAGUUUUAUAUGAAAUAAUCAGGUGGUUUUCUGCCUUGCAGCUUAGAACCUCUGCGCUCUCUGUUCUCUUCUCACUUGAAGUCCCUGCCAGGAGUGAGGAAAAAAACGUUAUCCAGACCGGAACUGACCACAAAACCAACGAAACCGGAUAAAAUGACAGAAACAUGGAAGGAGUUUGAUAAGUAAGUAAAAAUCCAGUCUUUAAUUCUAGUUAACCUCAUGAUUCACACAGGGAGAUUUAAAGGAACACUAUAGGCACUCAGACAACUUCAGCUCAUUGAAGUGGUUUGGGUGCAGUGCACCUGUCAGUUUAACUCUGCAACGGUGAUUGCAAUUACAGGGAGUGCAGAAUUAUUAGGCAAAUGAGUAUUUUGACCACAUCAUCCUCUUUAUGCAUGUUGUCUUACUCCAAGCUGUAUAGGCUUGAAAGCCUACUACCAAUUAAGCAUAUUAGGUGAUGUGCAUCUCUGUAAUGAGAAGGGGUGUGGUCUAAUGACAUCAACACCCUAUAUCAGGUGUGCAUAAUUAUUAGGCAACUUCCUUUCCUUUGGCAAAAUGGGUCAAAAGAAGGACUUGACAGGCUCAGAAAAGUCAAAAAAUAGUGAGAUAUCUUGCAGAGGGAUGCAGCACUCUUAAAAUUGCAAAGCUUCUGAAGCGUGAUCAUCGAACAAUCAAGCGUUUCAUUCAAAAUAGUCAACAGGGUCGCAAGAAGCGUGUGGAAAAACCAAGGCGCAAAAUAACCGCCCAUGAACUGAGAAAAGUCAAGCGUGCAGCUGCCACGAUGCCACUUGCCACCAGUUUGGCCAUAUUUCAGAGCUGCAACAUCACUGGAGUGCCCAAAGCACAAGGUGUGCAAUACUCAGAGACAUGGCCAAGGUAAGAAAGGCUGAAAGACGACCACCACUGAACAAGACACACAAGCUGAAACGCCAAGACUGGGCCAAGAAAUAUCUCAAGACUGAUUUUUCUAAGGUUUUAUGGACUGAUGAAAUGAGAGUGAGUCUUGAUGGGCCAGAUGGAUGGGCCCGUGGCUGGAUUGGUAAAGGGCAGAGAGCUCCAGUCCGACUCAGACGCCAGCAAGGUGGAGGUGGAGUACUGGUUUGGGCUGGUAUCAUCAAAGAUGAGCUUGUGGGGCCUUUUCGGGUUGAGGAUGGAGUCAAGCUCAACUCCCAGUCCUAGUGCCAGUUCCUGGAAGACACCUUCUUCAAGCAGUGGUACAGGAAGAAGUCUGCAUCCUUCAAGAAAAACAUGAUUUUCAUGCAGGACAAUGCUCCAUCACACGCGUCCAAGUACUCCACAGCGUGGCUGGCAAGAAAGGGUAUAAAAGAAGAAAAUCUAAUGACAUGGCCUCCUUGUUCACCUGAUCUGAACCCCAUUGAGAACCUGUGGUCCAUCAUCAAAUGUGAGAUUUACAAGGAGGGAAAACAGUACACCUCUCUGAACAGUGUCUGGGAGGCUGUGGUUGCUGCUGCACGCAAUGUUGAUGGUGAACAGAUCAAAACACUGACAGAAUCCAUGGAUGGCAGGCUUUUGAGUGUCCUUGCAAAGAAAGGUGGCUAUAUUGGUCACUGAUUUGUUUUUGUUUUGUUUUUGAAUGUCAGAAAUGUAUAUUUGUGAAUGUUGAGAUGUUAUAUUGGUUUCACUGGUAAUAAUAAAUAAUUGAAAUGGGUAUAUAUUUGUUUUUUGUUAAGUUGCCUAAUAAUUAUGCACAGUAAUAGUCACCUGCACACACAGAUAUCCCCCUAACAUAGCUAUAACUAAAAACAAACUAAAAACUACUUCCAAAAAUAUUCAGCUUUGAUAUUAAUGAGUUUUUUGGGUUCAUUGAGAACAUGGUUGUCGUUCAAUAAUAAAAUUAAUCCUCAAAAAUACAACUUGCCUAAUAAUUCUGCACUCCCUGUAUUGAUAAACUGCAAUAAUUACAUUGCAGAGUUAACUGCAUCUCUAAUGGCGGUCUACCAUACAUCCAUUGACUUCUGGGUCAUUAAGUGACUUUUGGUCGCCUAACUGACUCUGAACGUCCUAACGCUAUGCAUGAGGACAUCCUGCAUCCUCUAAAACCACCUAUGGGGUUGUCCUAAUUUGCUCAGGAGAGGAGGAGUGAAGGCGUGGAUUCAGGUAACUGAUAAAAGGGUUUUUAACUCUUUCUGUUCUGGGGGGGUGGCGCAAGCGAGGGCAGACACUAUAGGCUAGGCAUACAAUCUUGUAUGCCUAGCCUAUAGUUUCCCUUGAAUGCUUCUUGAUCAAGUGUGAGCGUCACUUACCGAAAGAUGGUGCGUGAAUAAUUAGUCGUCUGUUUGAGACCUCCACCUUUUCCUGUCUGAAGUCACAUCACUAACGCGCUCUUGACGCAUGACGAUAGGAACAAGUAUUUUCUCACAGCAAUCCUCUAUAGAUAUUUUUGCACGUGUAAUUUAUUGGAUAUUGUCUGGGAAGAUGGCUCAUAUCGUGUCGCCAGUGAUGGUUGGUGGCAAAUGACAAGACGUGGUACCCUGCUAUAUCUUCUGAUUAGUAAGCUCUGUUAAUGACUGAUAUUAAGUUGUAGACCUAUAGAAAUACUAAUUACUCUGCAAUUUAUGACUUUUAGGUCCAAGAUGUACAUGGCGGACUUGGAGUCAGGAUUACAUUAUUUGCUGCGUGUGGAGGUCGCGACACACCAGAUGUUAAAGGGCGAUGAAUUGAAGGCCUUUAAGGAUUUUAUAACCAUCCUUUACAAGGUAAGUGUAUCUGAUCAAGGCUCCGAACACCUUUCCCUCUUGUGUAUCCAUUUUAUCCGGUUACAUUUACUUCUUUCUUUGCCCAUUAAUUCUACAGCACUAUGAAAUUCUAAAAUAAAAAACGUUGAAGCUCUAUUUUAGUUAAAUACAGAGAAAAUCACAGAUACAUCACUUAUAAAAUAAAUUGUAAAACAUUUGAUCUAAAAAGUACUUUUAAAAAUCAGUUUGUAUUGUUCUUUAGUAUUUUUUCUUUUUUUUUUUUUUUCUGUUCAGUCUAAUUCUCUCCUUCCCAAAUCUCAAAUUUUUACAAAUGCAAUACAUGCAUGUAUUGAUAUUUAUUUGAAUAAUUAGUAUUCAUGAUUAAAUGUUGUAUGAUUAAUAUUUGAGAUUAUAAUUUUAUUUUAUUUUCUAUGUGUGUGUGUGUAUAUAUAUAUAUAUAUAUAUAUAUAUAUAUAUAUAUAUAUAUAUAUAUAUAUAUAUAUAUAUAUAUAUAUAUAUAUAGAGAGAGAGAGAGAGAGAGAGAGAGAGAGAGAGAGAGAGAGAGAGAGAGAGAGAGAGAGAGAGUCUUUUUUAAAAAUUUGUCCAAAAGUUAAUCAUUUUAAAAGCAUUUCCAAAAAUAUUAGAGGCCCAAGUCUCUUACUUCUUGAAAACAAAAAGGGUGCUUUCCUUAUUAAAUAUAAAGUAUUUUUAUUUUAUGUUUUUCCCUCCCCUGUAAACACAGACUAUACAAAGCAGUAGAGAUUCAGAGCUAUGAUAAAAGCUUACAUUCUAGUCUCCCUAGCACAAGGAUUUAGGUACACGAGACAAAAACAAAUGGUUAUUAACGUGGUGGGGGUGUUAAAGAGCUUCUUAAAUGCAAAGAAAGGCUGCUUGAAUUGCCAAAAUCUGUAGCUGGCCUCAUUUCUUGGAAGAAAGUGCCGUGCUAAUCUGUCUGUCAUAUUAUCUCUAAAAAACUAAAACCUCCUCUGGCUUUCUGAUGGAUGCGGACGUUCUAAUGCAAUUUAUUUUAACUGCUCUUAGCCGUUAAGUCGGAAUGUCCUCUCUGAGUUGAUCUGACUGACCUGGCAGCAUGGUGAGAAUGUGGGUUGUUGGGCGACAACAACAAAAUAAACAGGAUACUUUUUUUUAUUUGCUAAAUGGCAAUCAGGAUUUAGUAAUAUGUGUAUCAUGAAAACAACUGCCAAUGGAGGUAAUCGUAAACUCCACAGGUUUUUUUUUUGUUUGUUUGUUUUUUUUAAUAUAAAUGUCUUUCUGUUGGUAUCCUUAAUUGUACAAUACUACAGAUAUUGGAGUCUCAAUAUAAAUUGAGGAGCUGUUAUUACGGAUUGACUUUUUAGUACAGAUAGUUUUUCUUUAAGAGCAAUCUUUUACACUGUUGUACCUGUUGAGAAUUUUAAGGGUCAAGAACACAAACCUGUAUUUCUGACCCUAUAGUGCAAAACGACCAUUUAAGUGGCUUGCCCCUUACCCCCCUUAAAAGCAUGAAAAACUCACCUUAUUUCUAGCGCUGUGUGGGUCUGCUGACACUGGCCACGCCCAAUUUGUUACAUCGUUAGAAUUGCUGAUUUUUAGCCAAUCCAAUGCUUUCCCAUGGGGAAAGCAUUGGAAUGGCUAAAAUCGGCAGGGGGCUGGGCCAAACACCGUUUUGGCCAAUCAGCACCUCCUGAUAGAGAUGCAUUGAAUCAAUGCAUCUCUAUGAGGAAAAUUCAGCGUCCCCAUGCAGAGCGUGGAGACGCCGAUCGGCAGGGCUGCUUACUGUGCAGCACUGAGCCAGGAAGCACCUCCAGUGGCCAUCUGAGGAGUGACCACUUGGAAGUGUCCCUAGGGGCAAUGUAAACACUGCCUUUUCAGUGAAAAGGCAGUGUUUACAUGAAAAUGCCUGAAGGCAAUGAUUAUUCUCACCAGAAUAACUGCAUAAGCUAAAGUUGUUCUGAUGACUGUAGUGUCCCUUUAAAUUUGGUGUUAAUAUUUAAUUGAAAUGUACAACUGCUUCAUUCAUGGAUUUUUUUUUUUCUAUAUUUUGAUAAUUACUCUUGCUUGUAUGCUGUAUGAACAUAAUCUGCUGCAGGAAUAGUGUCUGUAAUGACUACACUCCCAGUGGAGAAGUGAUAUGGUCUAGUGAUGGAUUUCAGAAGAUGUAAAUAAUAUUUUAGCCUUCUAUUCAGUCAAAUACAAACGUAUAGUAAAAUAAAAAACACACUUCUGUUGAUUAUCAUUAUAUCGCUGUUCCAAUCAAAAACCUUUCCUAUCCAGUUCCACACCUCUGGCAGCAAAGGGGUUAAACUUGAUACUGCUCAUGAAGUGGCCAUGGUGUUUGGAGUAACCCUUUUAACUUUUCCAUGUAGCCCCAUCAGUUCAUUCUGCACUCGAUGCAUUACUUAAAGGGUAUUAUAAAGUCAGUUUGACAGUCUGAAACAAGCUGAUACGGUGGUUGAGUGAAUCCAGAUUAUCUGAAAAAUCUGCACAAAUAAUUCUUUUAAAUAAAUGUUUGUUUUUUUUCCUCCCAUUCUUUUGCCUUCCAGUUAUUUCCUGGCCGCCCACAUGUUGCGCGGCUCCUGGAAACACUGCAGGAUUGGCUAGUAAGCAUGCCAUUAGACAAGAUCCCUUACGAUGCAAUAUUGGACCUGGUCAACAAUAAAAUGCAGGUAAGUGUCCCUCUGAAACGGCACAGGGGGUUCCAGUCCGGGAUCAUUUCUCGUCUAUCAUUUUGUUUGUAUCUCUUUCUUGUUCCAGAUUUCUGGGAUCUAUCUGACUAGCCACGUCCAGUGGGUUGGAUGCCAGGGCAGUGAGCCAGGCCUGAGAGGCUACCCAUGUUCUCUCUGGAAGCUGUUCCACACUUUGACUGUGCAAGCUGCUCUCCAGCCCAAUGCCCUGACCAAUACUGGUAAGCCACGUAGUGCUAGAGUCACCCUCUGGCCAGCAUCUCUCCAUGAUGGUUUACCUGUUGGCCUUCCUUGUCCUAAAAUUAAGAAAUGUCUGUUCAACAGCAGGUGAAUUAACAGACGGGUGUGCGCGUUGCUUCCGAUGGACCUGUGGAGCCAAUGAAAGAGUAGAAAACCUCUAUGGCUGCCAAGUAGGGAUUUCAGUCCCAGUUGUAAAAGUACAGAAUUCGAUCGAAUUCAAAUAUGGCAGACUGCAGACACAGAGCAUUUGAGCAAGCUGGAGUGCUUUUUGUAUGGAGUGUUUCUUUAACUUUCACAUAUUACAGCCCAUUCCCUCCUCCAAUCUAUCCCGCGGCCCCCUACUACGGACAAACAUACUCUCCAGGCUGAACAUGACGCAUUCUAUUUUUGUUAAAACAUUAUACUCCAAUAUGAAGUUCCCCCAAUCAGGAAGAGACUGCUGUUCACUCAAGGGUUACUCCAAUAUUUUGUUGGUGUAACAUUUCUUAUCCUGGCCCCCUUUCCACUAACAACAUUAAAACACACUUUACUUUCCAUCACCAAAGUUCUUCCUCUACCCCCUGAAGUAGUUAUGGUGCUUGGUUUAACCCUUUAUCUACUGAGCUUAUUCUACAAGCAGUGCUUCUGGGAGUUGUAGUUUAGUUGUGCUAGAGAUAUUGCAUCACCCAGAAAGCCAAGUAGUUACAUCAUGUAAUGCAACGCCGAAAUAUUGGAGUUUAGGGAAGUGAUAGAAAGUCGUAAGUUUGGCUUUGGGGCAAAAACGUUUUUUAAAAAGUCCAGAAAUAUGUUAGAACAGACACUAUUACAAUGGAUUCGCCUGACUCUGGGUCUGAAUGGCUUAAACACUUUCAACUAAAAGUAAAGUGAGUGUGUGUGUGUGUGUGUGUGUGUGUGUGUGUAUGUAUGUAUGUAUGUAUGUAUGUGUGUGUGUGUGUGUGUGUGUGUGUGUGUGUGUAUAUAUAUAUAUCUAUCUAUCUUGUGUGUGAGAGGUUUCGUCACCCAUUAUAUAUGCACUAGACUUGGGCAAAGAUUUGUUUUGGCUGAUUCGUCCGAAUCCUUUUAAUCCACAGCCAUGAGUGAAUUGAUCCGGCCAGUACCUGUGGUGUACUAUUCAAUGACUCUAUGGGUAAAUCCCUGGUCAAUCGAUUCGUUCACACGUGGAUAAAAGGGAAUUCUGUUCAGAUAAACUGACUGAAACACAUUUACAAUUUUUUAUAUAAUUUUAUACACUUGUAUAGUUCAGAAAUGUAUGUAUUUAUUUAUUUUUUGGCCCUACGUAAUUAAACCAUAUGCUUACUCAGGGGGUUCUUCACCAUUGUACUUCUGUCACUAUAGAGAACUGUAGUUGUAAUGCUGCUUCCAGUGUUCCUUUAAAAGGAGGCCAUAAUGUAGGGUUACUUGAAAUAAUCUGAAUCAAAUUCAUUUCACUAAUCUGAUAACUCAGCUGGCCUUAUCUUAUUGUUCCUCCGAAUGUAUAAUUGUUUGCGUGAUGUUGUACUACUCAUUGGCCUAUGUGGCUGCUUUGAAAUUAAAGUGGUUUAAAGACCCGUUUGACUGACACCGAAAUCGGCAGAGUAGGUGUUCAGCACAGGUUUGUAUUCCAGACCUUGGUGUCCAACUGAAAUAAAAAGAACCCAGAGCCCUCGUUUUUCAUUUCCAUGUGUCUGGACAGGAGCAGGCAAUGUCAAUCUAUUAUUGACCCACCCGUCCAAAGGUUAUCUUUUUAAGGGCAUAAUCGUAAGUCAUGAAUGAGGCGCCAGUGCCACAAAAUAUCCAUACGAAUAUCUUUGGACUCUUACUCCAAAUGGCUUUCCCUUUUGAUCAAUGAAUAACAGCAUUUCUAAAAUCAAAUAAUGAUCCACAGUUAAAACAAAGUAGACUACAGUCAAUUACUCGGCCGUAUAUCACCGGCUCUAAAGUGCAUACGUGAAAUGCCUUAGCGUUGUGUCUUUCAGCAGUCGAGAUUUAUGGCUCUUCAAGUAGCAAGUGACAAAAAGGAGAUCUGCAACAAACACUUUUAAAGAGUCUUUGGCAAGAACUGCCAUUUAUUAUGGUAACAGAUUAGAGCAGAAUAAAAGCUUAACUAUACGCAGGUGAGAGGGAAUUCUCUUCCCAUUCUUUACAUUAUUAAAGGUCUAGAUCAAGGAUAGGCAACCUUUGGCACUUCAUAUGUUGUGUACUACAGCCCCUCCCCUUCCCGAUGUUUUGCCCGCAUUAUGGGACUUGUAGUCUACAACAUCUGCAGUACCAAAGGUUGCCUAUCUCAGGUCUAGAAAAUGUUAAAGUUAAUGAAGGCUAACACACUUGCAUCUAAUAAGAUUAGGUGUCGUGUGCCCAUCUCCGGUGGUCUCAUCUGCCACCGAUGGUAAAUGCUACAAGUAGGUGACUACCACGUGUAAGAAAUGUCAACCUUUUUGCUGCUGUUGUAGUUCACAUAAUCCCCUGAGAGCCGUUUGCUGUUUAUUUGGCUGGGGCAGGUUUCUGAGUGUUGUAUUCCGUGUCUGGGGCUCUCUGUGUUUCACUAGACCCACUAUAAUUUAUUCCAGAUUCAUACAGCUGGUGAAGCCUACCGGGCUUAAGGUAAUUUGAUUCGUCUUGCUGUAUAAUUUAAACGAUGUGCUACGAUAAUAUUAGCUGGGUUGUAUAUCGCCCAUGGAGUUAAAGUUCACCCUGGGAUCAGCUGCGAUGCAGUAACAUUUAAAACCAUUACGCACUAUUGCUUUCGAUUGGCAUGAACCCACCUCAUACUGCCAUGUUUUCUAGUUCCCCAGAACUAAAGACACAGAUAAAGCUACUAAAUACAUUCAUGCCAGAUGGGUAUUUUGGGUUUUUAAAUGCAUCUCCCUGUAGAAUUCACACAGUGUUACUUUUAAGCUGAAAUACUUGUUUCCCUACGAAAUAUGCAUCAUGCAGUGUUGUCAUAAACAGCUCAUCUUAACAAUACACUAUGGGUUUAUUAUCCCAAGUCAUUCGUAACUCUCGCAGUGCUGGGAACAUUGCAGGAAUUGCUGAGCAGGCAGAGGGGUUAAUGCCCAUCUAAAAAGACCCCAUCCGAAAGCCAAUUGCAUAUUUAUUAUAAAGAAAUAAUGUUUAAAAUUGCAGCUGCUAUGUUCUAAUUUGAGCCAUGAACUCCAGCAGACAGGACAACCCCAAAAAUGUGACCGAGCCUUUUCCUGGAGUGUCUUAUAUUUGGUUAACCUAGCACGUUUAGCAGCAUACACUCUUUGCAUUCGAAGGUCAGUGAGAGAUUGAGACGAAAUGCUCCUGGCCUUGCUGUGUGAUUACCAGGAUAAUAAAAGCAAUGAGUUCUGGUUAGUGUCGUAAAAUAAGAUUACAUCCACUACCUGCUUUUCCUAUUGUUUCAAGCAUCUCUCUGUUAGAUGAACUGUAGUGAAAUUUUAGCCAGUGUUUUUGUAAACCAGAUGUGGUUUCUCAAAUAUAUGCGGGCCUAAACCAAUCUCCAAUGUUAUAAUUUUUUUUUAAACGAUAGAAGUGUAUACAAAUAGUGACUUACAGGAUUAUUCAAAGCACCAUGUCUACUUCAGUGAUUAAAAGUGGAGUUGGUACCUGAAGUCUAUGUGCAGCGAUUUGCUAGACGUUGCUCAUACGGAGUUUAACCCAUUUGCUGCUGGAGGUGUGACUUCACCUCUGACACCAUCAUAUUCCUAUGCACAGAAUUGCAUUCAUUGAUUAAGAGCGGUCAGCUGACACUCUCAUCCUUCGGGAUCUACUUCUGUCUUCCACAGCUCUGCAAAAGCCAGACGCAGUUACUGGCCAACAGAGGAGGAAUUUAGCGGGACCCAGGUUAGAGGGCAAAUUGUUGCAGCCGGCUGUAGUGGUCAUGAUACUUGGAGUAACCCUUAACGUGAUAUCAGUAACUUGAGAAUACAAGUAAUAUAUGGGUUUAUACGCUCACCAUUGAUAAAUUGUUCAGCUCGGCUGUCUGUGCGUCUAAACUUUAUUUGAUUUUUUUUUUUUUCUUCACUUCAUUGUUCAAGACUACUUAGAGGGUACAUAUGGCGUCAAUGAAAAAUAAAUUCUAAUGAUCUAAACGUGAUUAUUGGCGGUUUUCGUACCAGUAAACCUUCUCCGGCUAAGUGGUCCUGCACUUGACGACGGCUUGAUCAUUUUCAGACACCAUCAGCAAUGUGAUGAGAGCAUCUUCCGCUGGAAGAAUUGGGUCAGUUUUGAGUCGACCGGAUUAAAUCUUGGGAGGUUUUCUCUCUCUCUUUAUAUCUUGCUUUAAAUCCCAUCUAGUAAAAAGCCUGCUAGCUUGUAAUCCUCCCACCAACAGGUAGGAAUUUAAUGGUUAUUGUCCACUUUAGAGAUUAGGGUAGCCCUGAAUUUGCAGCAGUUUGGGGAGUAAGGAGAAAAGGAGGAUUAUGCGAUGAUACAUGGCAGAUGUUGGGAGAAGAUCUAGGCAGGGUCUUAGACGCGGAAAACACUGGGACGCACAGCUAUUUUGUAUCUUUACUCGUUUUAUGUUCCGUGAGUGUCUUGCCUUACAAAUGGAAUAGUGUGGCAUCAAUAACGUCCAUUAAGUCUUUCCCAUUUUCGCAGCCUUUAUUUUUUCCUUGCCUGGAUACUGCUGGGGAAAUUAGAGACAUUCCAAACACCAUAACAUAUCAUUGCAUUGGCUAUGGUGGAACGAGGUCGUCUGAAUGUGUCCCUGCAAGUUCCCUGCCCUAACUCCAACAUCACGGAAGGAAGUUGUGCUUCCCCCUUGAUCCUGCAAGCACUUGUAAAACAUGCACACACUCAGGUCCUGUCCCCUCCUUACAUUAACAGGCUCCAUGGUAUUGACAAAACAGAUUACUUUUUGUAGAUCCGUUCACAAAACUAUUAACAGAGCUAGAAAAUGUUAGGAUAACAUUUAUUUGGAACUUGCGCUGCAUAACUAGAACACAAAUCAUUUGCUAAAACUACAAUUGUGUGUGUAAAUUGCUCUUCAAUCUACACACCUAAAAUUCCAGUCUGUAGACUGAUAGACUGAAAUUUUGUUGAGCUGAAUAAAAGCGAAGAAUACUUUCUACAAAUCCUGAAGUGCACCUCUACUUGGAUAAUAUAAAUAUAUACAUACCAUGAAGGCACUACAGUCAGUUCUAUUUUCUAACAAUUGCUUGAGAAUGUAAAUGUCUGCAUACAGUUAAUCGUUUAUUUCCAAUAUAUUUUACAAUUGCUGUAAUGCUGGGAGACCUACCAUUCACUUACCCCGGCUGUAGGGGUGGAAUUGUUUCAAGUAUCCUCUUGCUGUUUGGUAGGGGGCGGCUGUCAUUUUCAGCUCAUUGCAAGACUUUAAAUGGGUGGUAUGGAUUUCUGGCAGAGAAUGUAUUUCCCCUCUGCAAGCUGGUAACCAACCCUGGGGGUAUAUGGUUUUAUAGACUAGUGGGGGGGGGGUUUUUUGCGCAAAACAAAUGAAAGCAAAAAUGUGUGUACUCGUUUUUGGUAAUGGGGGACAUGUGGUUUUUAGUAGACUAUAUUCAUUCUGUCACAUGAUCAGUUUGAUGGAAAAUGUGCCUGUGAACUGGAAUAAUUCACGAUAAGCUUGUUAGAUUUCUUGGGAAGUAGCGCAAUUGGUGCUCUCAAUCGGUUUUACAGUAAAGUAUCUCAUAAAGCGCAAUCCAGGACUCCUGUGCUUGUUUCAUCUUAAUGGUGUUGCUUUAACUUGUUCUUACCGUAGGGUGUUACAGUUAUGAAAGGUUUUACCCCAAAGUUGCAAAAGGUGGCGCCUUGUCUGCUCUGCCCUGUUCCUUUCAGCUAUGGUCUGAAGCUUCAAUCAGGUACCCUUGGACUGGGCACUGCUGAUAGGUUGAGAAUGUGAUCCAAUGCUCUCAGCCAAUCACCAACGCUUCAUAAAACUGUUAGGAAAAAAAUACAUACCAAGGGUGUACUGGUGUUUGUCCUUACUUCCCCAAUCUUGCCAUAUUAGGUAUUGGCAGACUAUAACUUCUUGAACUUAUAAAGUCACAAGUCCAUACUCUGUAUUUUUUUUAUAUAUUUUUUUUUAUUUAACAUUGGUUAAUUUAAUCAUAGAAGUCUUUAGAAGUCCUUUUUCUUUUCAUUUUUAAAAAUUUAUUUUUUUCCCUUGUCUGCAAAAAGGCACAUUCAGAAUUAAUACUUCAUUAAAAUUUAAUCUGGUUUUCGGUAAGAACUUGGCUCAUUAUGUAAAAAUAAAAAAUAGUCUCAGGGUUCAUAAAUAACUCUUCUUCCAGAGCCACGAGUUGUCUGCAUUUUGACUGAUUAGGGGAUUUUUAAUUUAUUUCUAAAAUUCUUUUAAACCAUAUCUUUAAUGCAGGCAUUUAAUCUGCUUUAAUAUUAUCAACAGGUAUUUUAUUUACACGUCUCCACUCAAUCACAACAGUAAGACAAGUCACUAUGAAGAUAGAAGUAAAAUAUAUCUUUAUAUGCAUAUUGAAGGUAUAUAAAAAAAAAAAAGUUAAGUAUUUCCUUGGCAAUCUUAGAUUCUAUUACAGAUAAACUGCAUUUAAUGUAUAGGUGCAUUCUAAUUUUGUACUAUUAUUACAGGGUUAGAACACCUUCAAGGGAUGGCUUUUAAGUUAAAUGACGCUACAAUACAUCCAAUGCCAAUAUUUCCUGCUGGUUUCCCUUUAAGGCCGACACGUCACUGCAAAAAUCCUGCUAUUGCAAAGCACUGUAUAGGGCAGAGGCCAAGAGAAUAUAGCACUUUAGAUUUCCUUAAUCCAUUAUUGAGCAUUGGCCGUUUAACUUUCAUGAUUCGUUUGCUUCUGAGCAACACAUUAAUGGACUUUCCAUCAGUUUCAUUUACUGUGUGAAUUUUAAAUUUUAGGCAGAAAUGGCAAAAUCAUUUUGGGGAAAAACACUGUGUUCUGUUUUAGACUUAAAUUUUAAAUUCCCGUUGUGUUCCCGACCCUUCACACGUUAAUGAGUAACCCUGCCGAUAGUUAAAGGGACACUAUAAACAACGUUAUCUUAAUAAAGCAGUUUUAGUGAAUAGGUCAUGCACUGUUCAAUUCUCUGCCAUUUAAAAGUUAAAUCACUUUUGUUUCUGUCCAUGCAGCCCUGGCCAGAUGUCCCCUGACUGUGACUGACACAGCCAGCAUGAAAAAAUUGUUUAAAGGGACACCGUAGGCACUGUAUCUGCUUCAUCUCAUUAAACUUGUUAUAAUGUCUGGAGUCUUCUGGUCCCAUCUUUUCUAUCAGCAUUAAACAGUUUUUAAAGUUUUAAUGCUAAACAAGAGUCCCCAGCAAUCCAUCCCCUCUGUGCUGCUUUGGCUAAUAAGGAAGUAUUCGCCUGAGCAGAAAUGGGCAGCUGUGAUUGGCUGAGAGUGUCAGCUGACUGCUUUUAGCCUGUCAGAGUUCCAACUGACGGUAUGAGUGGGUAUGACAACAAGGAAGUGUGUAAUCUCUGCUUUAGCUACACAUACUGAAGGGGCCGGACUGUGGGUGGCCAGGUAUUCUUAUUUUGUGGCAUACUGCACGAACAUGGUGCAACACUGAAUGGAGGGACAGUGCCAGGGUACUCCAGGCAAUAUAACCGAUUCAAAGAGAUGAAAUUCUUAUAGUGACUACAGUGUCCCUUUAAUUCUCAAUCAAAUGUUAACUUGCUUUUAUAAGUGUUUACUCUACUGCUCUGUAAAUUAAACUCUAAUCGCAUACGGGAGGCUCCUGUAGUGUGUAGCAAGCUUUUAACAGAGCAAGAGAUAAGAAAUUCUAAAUUGAACCGAGUUUUGCUAUAAAGGAAGUUUAAACAUUAGAUCUCUCUUUACAGGAAGUCUGUGUAAGUCACAUGCAGGGAGGUGUGACGAGGGCUGUAUAAACACAGUGAUUUAAUCAAAAUUGCAGAGAGUUGAGCAAUAAGAUUGGAAGGGCAUGAUCUAUACCCCAAACCAGCUUCUUUUUGUGAUUUAUAAUGUCCAUUAAUGAAGGCAACAACUCAACUGAACACUCUAGAAAUAAUUCUACAUUCCCCUGUUUUUGUUGUUUAAUGAUUUAGUAUAACAAGUGUGUUUGUGGUGAGAUUUCAUUCUGCUAAAAAAGGUCAGGGGCUAAUGAAAGUAUUUAGAAAAUUGGGCAGACUAAAUGGGCCGAAUGGUUCUUAUCUGCCGUCACAUUCUAUGCUUCUAAAUGAAUUGAAUUGCCUAACUCCAUGAUGCUUGUUUGAACAACUUCAGAAACAGCUGGCCCUACCAGGAGGCAAACCUGCAAACUGAUUGAAUUCACGGUUUAGUCAGAACGCUAAAUGCAUGUGGAAGCAGCAGCUAAGGAUUUGUGUGAUCCGUCUCCACCAGUCUGAUUAGUAGACAUUGAUCCCAAGUAACCGUUCAUGAUUUUAUUUAAUCCGUGCAUAGACGCUAAGGAGGGGCACGGGACAGAGUCCAGUACUAGAACGAAAUCAAGUUUUCAGUUUAUUAAAAUAUACAAAAUAAGUAUCUGUUCUGCAAGGGUGUUGUUUUUGCAUUUUAGUAGAGAUGGGCUGCUAGAUCUCCAGAUAAUAUGGAUUGUUAGUUAUAAGCACAAGAGAAUAGUAAAGGAAGCGUUCUAAACACACUGAUCGAUGAAGGAACCUCUGGAAUUUGGGUUGUAUUUUAAACUUCUCUUUUUAAUGUUUGGGGAUAUAUAAGAAUGUCCUUUAGUUCUUUGACGGCAUAGAUGCUUGUUUAUGUUGUUUAUUUUAAUUUUACACCGACAAACCCUCCCCCCAUUUCCAUUAUUUUCUAUGGCUGUCUCCCAGUCCUGGCCAUUUUCUUUCAGGGGUUUCUAAAACCCUGAUUUUGGAGGGAGUAACACUUGGUGGCAUGGUCCCCUGCGGCUAAAAGAAAUAAAAAAAUAAAGGAAGAAUGUACCUUCCACCAGCACGCUCACCAGGUGGUGACAUCACUCCCCCUCUCUGCAGGGGAAGGUACGUCCCGCUGGGCGGCUUGGAGGGGGAGACCGUGGCGUGCUAUGCAUGCUGACGACAGAUGCCAAAUAUGCACAGAUUUUACAUCAGCCAUCACGGAACUCUCCAUGAGCUGUAAAGUUACAAUAAAAGCAGAUGUAUGAUCUAACUCUGCACAUGCAGACUCCAAGUACCAUAAUCACUUUAAAUCAUGGUUCUUAAAGUAACCCUUCAAUACAGCUUGCAAACUCCCUGUCCCCUUUUAAUAUAUUUUAACUUCUAUAGUCAUAUAUUCAAAUAUUUUUUAUUGUGGCGACUGUCUUUCAGGGUAUCUUGUGUUAAGUGCCAUUGGACAAUAGCAAAAUAUUCCCCCCCUAGAUUCCCUGUGGCUAAUUUGAUGCAGUCCUGAUUUAAUUUUGCUCUCACAUGCCCAUUCUGCUAAAUAUGUGACAUUUCACCCAUCCUUCGCAGCAGCUCUGUUCCGUAUCUCUGACAUCAAGCCUAUUUUGUCAGCACUGAAACUAAUGCCUCCUCUCUCGAAUCCUGAUCCCCCCUUUCCCUCUCAUCUUUCCUGCCUCUGUUCCUGAUAAGCAACAGCAAAACAUUACUGCUGCGAGAACGUUAAAUAUUGAUCCAAGUAAAGUGGCCAGUGGCACGAUGCCAGGCCAUUAGGUGGAAAGAGAAAACGGCUAAUGGAUGUGCCAGUGACCAGUCUAGUGAGAUUCAGCGAUGUUCCGUUUACGGUGACAUAUUGUCUGUGAGUAAACUUCAUGUGCUCUGUACCCGCCGCCAUUACCAGCAUUGGACGUGUUAAACCAGACCUGUCCCCUGAAAUCCAUUACAUAUCAAUCAGUCAAACAUAUUAAAAGUGACAAUGUAAUAAACUUGGAAACAAUCAUAGUACUUUAAAAACCAUUUAAUCUAUUCAGAUGGUUUAAUUACUAUUAUAGAAGGUGAGUAAAAGUUGUGAUGCCCACUUUUGGUUCCCGUGGGUACAGCGCACCAAUUAGGGAGAACAGAGAACAUUUGUCUCCUCUGCAUAUUGUUCUGCAAUCUAAAGUCAAGACAAUUUUAUCCUUGGAGGUGCUUUCUAUUGAAUCAACUGCAGAAACUGGGUCUGAAAUGGUGAGCAUGAUAGAUUGUGAUGGACUUUUCCUUUUGAAUUGACACUUUUUUUUUCUCCCUCAGUUUUGAGGCUAAUUUGUUUUGUAUGUGUGUUACUGAAACUGUGCCUGUAUUUAUUGUAUUUAGCUGCCUUUUAAGUGAGUUUGCCUCUGUCUUCCUCUAGCAUUUGAAGGAAAUUCUCAAGCCGUUCUGCAAACCAUGAGACAAUACAUCAAGCACUUUUUCGGUUGUCGCGAGUGCGCUGGGCAUUUUGAGUCGAUGGCAAAAGAAUCAAUGGAUGAUGUGAAAACCUUAAAAGAAGCUGUUUUGUGGCUGUGGAGUAAACACAACAAGGUCAAUAAAAGACUUGCAGGUAUGUUAAAGGAACUUUCACUGCCCAAAUACAGGAAGUAUAAAAAUGGAAAUCUGUUUAGUAGAUAUACCCUCGAUGAAAACAUGCAUUUUUUUAUUUUAUUUUUUAGUUUGGCAUUUUGGGGGAUAUAUGUAAAAACCGGUUGUAAAACCUUCUCUUCUCUGCAGCCUUUGCAAACCCUCCCCUUCUAAUCCCGCCCAGACUUUAUGUGGCUGUCCAAUCACAGACUUCCCAAUGCAGCUCAAUGCAAGGCAGGUGCUCUGGGCAGUUGCUGCCUUUUGAGUUUAUUUCCACUGAGCUAAACAAACCAGGAAGUAACAGGACUGACUGGGGUGUAACAAGGUUAAUUUAUACAAGUGCCAGUUUCUAUGAAGUAUCUGCUUUUAUUUUUUUAUUUUUUUUGUUAACGUAAAAAGAGUACACAAUCUUUACAUGUUAACCACUUCAGCAAGUUAAAGUGCUUUCGGUGUUUUGGAGUCUUUUAAUAUAAAAUUGUGAUAAUUACAGGAUAUUUGUUCAGCUUAGAAGCAGGUUUUUGUCCAUUGUUGCAUUCAGAUUGGCUGCAACUAAAUUUUAAUAAGGACUCUUAAUUUUCACCCAUUGUUUAAUCGGAUUUGUUUUCCACUGACUUAACCUGAAUUCGGCUCAAAUACUGUUUUCCCAUUAGUGAUUAUUGAAUUGAAUUAAACCAGUUGUAUACAACUAAUGGCCUUGGUAGAUUGAAACUUUCUAAAAUAGGUAUGAGCCCUGUAGGAUACCUCUAUCAAAGUUAACUCCUUUUCUACAUUGCAUAGUUGGCAAAGCAACUUUAUCUUAAUGAAGCCGUUUUAGUGUGUAGAGUGUUACCUUGCAUUCUCACUGCACAAUUCUCUGCCAUUUAAGAGUUAAAUCAUUUGUGUAUGCAUCCCUAGCCACACCUCCUCUGGCUGUGACUCACUUCCUGUAACAAGAGAUCUAAUUCUGAAACUUCCUUUAUUGCACAGUGUGUUUAAAUUAGAAUUUCAGAUCUCCUGCUCUGUUAAACCGUUGUUUUGGUGCUUAGUGAUCCUUUAAUGUAACGCUAUAAUAUAUAUAUAUAUAUAUAUAUAUAUAUAUAUAUAUAUAUAUAUAUAUAUAUAUAUAUAUAUAUAUAUAUAUAUAUAUAUAUAUAUCUGGUGGAGAACAGACAUCAAAACAGUUGUUGGCUAAUUCUAACAAUAACUGAGAACAGACGGGGAAUCUUAUAUCUUAGGCCAAACUUACCCACGUUGAAAAAAACCAAAAAUGCAAUUCCCUGGUCUAUUGCCUGUAAAUUCCCGUUUAGUGAAUAAAGCCCCAAAGUGUAACCUUCAGUGUGAUUCAAUGGCUCCUUCUCACAAAUCUGAAACUGAGGGUCUCCAGAAUAACCCUUCACCUCUCCAGUGAGCUGUGGCCAAAGGGACUUACAGAGCAGAAUGCGCUUUUCGCAUGUGCACUUUGACAGACACAAUCUGCAACAUGAAAAUGGCAGGUUUCUACAUGGUGCGUUUAAUGGGAUUCCUAAUCCUGCUCAGACUUUUACAUUAAGCAGCCAGAGCUGAAUUUAAAUGCCUGAUCAGCUCCAUGUUUUCACAUACACCGUGUUGUGUGAAAUGAAGUUUGAGUAAUCACCCAUUAAUGAAUCGUGCUGGGUCUCCGUGAUUAAUACCAAUACUGUCAGCCGCAGCAUUCCAGAGACGCUCAACCCGUUCUCACAGUCCAGUCAGUGAUCUAUGAUUAUAAUAUGCGCUUAAAUCUGUACGUUGUGUUAGAAAGAGAUUUACACAAAAAUAUAUCUUAUUUCUCAUAUAGCUCUAUUCAUUUAAAUGCAUAAAGACAUGCACUACGCCAUUCAAGAACCACAUCGGGGAUCUGGCCUGCUCUGUAUUUUCAAAUAUGUUUAUAAAAUGCAUUUAUUUUUUUGUUUAAUUAAAAUUUUUGUCCUAUUCUCCAUGUAAGACAGAAGAGAAGCACUUUUAAGCAAUUGCAUCAAAGACCGGCGUUCACAUUUGCUUACCUAUGUUUACCUUUAUUUAAUGCAACUUCUGAUUAAAAUAGGGUUUAUCCACUAAACAGAGCCUGGAGAGUUAGUAAGACCGUUUUGUAAUUCAAGCCAAAGGCAUCGACAGCAGUGCAAAUUCCAAUACUAUGGAUGGCAACUGUGACAUAGCAGUUACAUGUAAUCUAGAAAUCCUAUGAUAAUCAGGCUGCUGGGGCAUCGUUCGGGAAAAAGGUUUAUACAUAUCUGAUACUUCAAGAUUAGCAUUUAGCAAUUUAGAGUAAUAGUUGGAUAUUUUGUUUUUCCUUCCUUGAAGGCUGGUUUUGGCUGUUAGUUUGCAAGGCAUUUGUCAUUCUGGAUUGUGAAUAGUAAACAUUCUUCAGCUUUUAAACCCUUAAGGACACAUGACGGAAAUAUUCCGUCACGAUUCCCUUUUAUUCCAGAAGUUGUGUCCUUAAGGGGUUAAAUUGGUAACAAAAAACCCCCAAACCUGUACAACUGCUUUGAUUUUAAGGUCGUUGUAAUUUUUUAUUUUUUUUUAAGCCUUUUGGGUGGAAGUUCACGGAAAAUGUUCAUGGGUGGGAGACACUCUCUUCAUAGGCACUGUCGCAUUUCUAUGCCAUUUAAUCAAAUUAAGGACCGUUUCCACGUAGUCUGGGUUAGUUCUCCCUUUAGUGCUCUGUGUCAGCUCGCGGUCUCACCCAAUGAAUGAAGCUCUAUUCGCCCAGGAGUAGAACAAGUGAAGUUCUGUUUUAAAAAAAUAAAAUAAAAAAAUUGCCCGAGUCCUGGGAGUGUGAAGAUUUAAUUAAUGUGCAGUUAAUCCAUUAACAUUGCUGUGAAAACAAUUCAGCCUAAAUGGAUUACUCGUGUGAUAAUUAAAGCGAUGCUGUGACAGGAGCCCUGAUAGGAUAGCAAAACGUAAUUCCCGCAUCCCGUGUAUUGAGAUUAUUUCAUUGACCAUUAAAUAUUUAAAGUCACACAGGGUUAUUCACUAAAGUACGAGUGGGGCAAAACCAUUUGUUUAUGGUGAUAUUUAAACUGCAACUUUCAGCCAUUGUUCAGAAAUGGACGAGGAAAACAUGAAUUUGUCUAUAAUAAACUAACGCAGACCAAAAAAGCGAAAAUAAAGACCACUUUUAAAAACUCCAUACAAUAAAAAUAACAAGUUUUCACCCCUGGAGGGCUCUGUGUUCAUAGACAAAGCAAGGUAAGAAUUUCAUCCUUUUUGUGCUUUUAAUUGUGAGUCAGAGCGCCUUUUACUAAAUUUAGCUGGAAUUAUUGUUCCCUCCCCCAAUACCCCACUAGUUUUAUUAAUACCGAUUUUUAAAUUCAGACAUCGAAUGCAUCCAGUUGGUGCAGAUUCUGUCAGGAGGACCACAUUUCGAUUGGGUUUGUCUUUAAUAAAUGCGAGAAUUGCCAAUACGGUCGAUUUCACAAAAGUUUGUCCAUUAGGACAAAAUUCUUGACAGCCCUAAAUGCUUCUUAAAACACAUUUAUUUGGCAACAAACAUCCCAAAUGACCAACCUUUUGAAAGACAGUCCAACUAUGGGACUCAAAUUCCUGUGCCUUUUCCUUUCAGUCACAGAGAGAGACUCUUCAAAAAGCAGGAUUUUAAUAAGGUAUAUUUUCCAAUAAUCAACAAGUUUUAUCCUUAACCCCUCCACAUGGUCAGCUUUUGGUACUGCAGCUGUUUGACACCUAUCUGACUUAUAGGCUAGGUAUUUCUCAAACAUCCGCUGUACUAUAGGAUUGAAAAACACUAGGUUAAACUGGCUGAACCCCCCCUUCUGUGUGAUAUAAUGACAAACAAUAUAAACUGCUUGACACAAGCUUUGCACACUAAUAAGGUAAGAAGAAAACCUACUUUUGUACACUAAUAAUUAUCAUGAUAUGGGCUAUUGACAAUACUGAGAUGGUUUAUCCCCCUUUAUACAAGAAUAAUUAAACAAAUCUGUUUUUUUUACAUUCAUUUAUUUUCCCAGAAAUUUCAGUGAUUCCAAGUAUUGUGGUAUUUUAAUAAUAUUUACAUGGGCUUUCCUUUCAUGUAGGUGCUGCAAGUGAAGAUGUCAAAAGUCCCAAGGUCGACUGGCCAACCCCCGAUAUGUGCCCCGCGUGCCAUGGAGAGGUGAAGGGCGUUCACAAUUGGAAUGAAGAGGAAGUGCUUGUGUUCCUUAAAAAGCAUUACGGGAGCAAAGAUAUUUCUCUGCUGUACUCCGAUCCAAACAACGACAGGAUAGAAGUCAAGAUACCUCCAUUCACCAAGCCUCCAGGACAUGUGACAGGAGAUAAGAAAGACCCAAAACACGGGCUUAAAUCAGACACUUUAGAUAAACUGGUACCAGACCACCUAGACAAAAAUAAAGAUGGUGAACUGGGCGCUGGUCACAAAGACCUCAAACUUUCCAGUUUUUUAGGACUUGGGUUUUCAAAUAUAGAUAUGAGUCUGUGUGUUGUCCUCUACAUCACAUCAACAUUGUUUUUAAUGAUUAUGUACUUCUUUUUCAAAGUUCGCUCCAGAAGGUGGAAAGUAAGGUAUAAUAGACCGUACGUGUAAUUAUUUUUUGUUUUCUAUUAAUAUUCCAUAAUGAAGAAGACUACUAAAGGCCGCAGACUUUUGUGCUUGAUCAGGGAUUUUUUUUUUUUCUUUUUAGAUUGUUUUAGAAUCGUGUUUUGCCUGACUUCCUCAAAGUGUUGUUGAAGAGCACUUGGGUUUACUUCUGUGAAAAAGACCAAAGAACCCGAAACAUGCAGCAUAAGGGUGAUCACCUAAGACUUGUGCCAUAAUAUUACUGCCAAAUUGGUGUGAUCCUCUCAAACAAAUAAAAAGCUCUCCUUUUCAACGCUGUCGCCUACGAUUUGGGAUUGAGAGUUGAUCUUACUAAAAUAGGUCUUAGUGGCAUUAAAAAAAAAGUUAUACAAUGAUGAGCAGUUGUUUUGACAAUAUAGCUAUUUUACAUAUUGUAAUCUGGAGGGACAGCUUAAUCACAAGUCCAAGAUCCACACUUGUGGUCAUUUGCCAGAAUCCGGGUAGACCUUUGUGCAACAACCAACUGUUCGUUACCUUUGGUGUUAAUGUCAUCACUCUGCAGUUCCAACAAGGUUUUCAUUUCACAAUACUGUACCACACACACACAGAAUAUUCCCCGUGGCGAUGUUUUUGCCAUUUCCUUGUGUGUAUUCUGAAUCCCCUCCGUUACACGUGGCCACCUAAACGCCUAUUCAGUUUUCCCGAAUGCAUUGUAUCAAGAAGGCUCAUCAGUUCCUAGUACUACAGCCGAUAUCAAAUUUCUGCUACUUUUGUUAUUAACAAAAAUAGCAGAGCUUUGUUACAAAUCCCCGUCACCAAAAGGACAUCUGUUAACGUGACGUGGAGACCUCCUUCCCUGCUUUAUAUACUGUUGGCUGUGUGUUUAUAUUUAUAUACGGAUGCCUGAAAAGUUUAAUUUUCUGAGGGCUUGAGAUCCUUGUUUAAGCCAAGGAAAUGGCGUUUGUAUAUACUGUAAUUAUGUCUUUUUAGCGUGUUACAUUUUUGUUUUUUAAAAGGGAUGUAAAUACUCUAAGGAAUGUAUUGUGUACGGACAGAAGCAAGAAAUGGCUUGGGGCAGGAGGAUUAGCCUAAUUCACAACACAUGCACAGUGUUACAAUAGUUAACGAUCAUUUUAGAAGUUUCUAACUACCCCAUUCACACUUCUGUCUGCUGGGUUUAAUUGUGGGGCCAAAUCUAAAAUAGUUUUGGAAAACCUAAAUUAACUGGAUCUGCUCUCUCUUUUUAUUUAUUUUUUUCAAACAUCCAUUAAAGGGUUUUAAAUGCCAAGCAUCAUUUUAAGAGAAUCUGAAAUCGUUCUGGGUUAAAAUGAAUUUUGUGUCCUUCAUAAUAGAACAAUUAUUUAACAUUGUUGGGAUUUGGGAGCGGUGUGGGGGUUAGUCAGACUCAAAUUGCUCCACAGCCAGCUGAACAGAACGGAUGGCCAAAUUUUGCUUAUAUUUUGGACUGAAACUGCCAUUGUGAUCAGACAUCAAUGAUGCUGGCUAAGCAUACAAGCAGCUGUAGUCUACGUGAACUGGAGAAUAACUGUACUUUUUUCCAAAAUUAGCUUUUUUUUUUUUUUUUUUUAAUAUAUAUCUCUUUAAUGUGUUUCUGUAACACCUUCUUUGCGGUCUUAAGAAUCUGAGUAUUAGCCAUGCCUUGCCUUGAUGGGUCUAUAUUUUAACAAACUGUGCUUUAUGAUGUAGGCUGGGGCUGCCUAUAUAGGGUAAAAAGUAAAACUCAGUUGAAGUGCUGGUAAAUAUUUAUAUAUCUGCCAGACCAGCCUGAUGUAUAUUGAUACCCCUCACAGAGAGCACUUACCUGUCAUCUGGGAUACUGUUAAUAUUCAGCGACCAUUAUAAAUAAUGCAGCCGUGUGUUCUAUGUUUCAUAGUAUGGAGGGUGUAGAUGUCUGUGUGUUUACUUGUCAUGCAUUCACCACUGUGUGCAACGUGGAAUUCUGGAAGGGGUAGGGAGACGUCUGCCAUAUAACGAAGCUGCGAGAUCCGUUUAUUUUUAAAUCUUUCUAAUUGGUGGAUUAUUGGUAAUUUUAUGAUCCAACAGUAGGUUUCUAUAUUUUGAAUUGGCGAUGUGUCAAACAACUUACAUGUUAUGUUUUGCUACCAGAAGCCUCCACCCUUUCUUGUAGUAGUUCCUUUUUAUCAAGACUAUGGUUAGAAAAACCUAAUGGCCGUGGGUUUGGGAAAUCUAAUUCUAAAGACUUGCAUUAAUGCCAAAACCUUACUAAACUUACUAAGGAUGGACCAUGUGAACUGCCAGAAACACGAAGUGAAUUACAAUUUGUAGGCCACAGUAAUUGAACAGGGAAUUGACUUGGAAAAUGUCUGUUUCCCUGUUUUCUAUAUGUAUUAAACCUUUUAAAGGACUGUAAAGAUUUGUCAAAAAAAAAUUAAAACCGGUCUCUUUCUCGUCGUUUUGGCAACAUAUUUCUUGGCGCUGUAAGAAUGAAUUCCAUUUUUUUAAUCUUUUUUUUUUCUUCAUAUUGAGCCAGCUUUGUACGAUGCAAUGUAAUAUUGGAAAUGCCUGUGUAGCCAUAUUAACUUCCACGUUUCAAUGGCAAUUCACUCACUGAGUCGUGAAACACAUUGUAGCGCUGUAUCACCUUAAGCUACCUCAUUGCAAAUAUAAAACUCCUGGGCCUGCAAUAAGGCACAUACAGCGCCUAUGAAAACCAAAUAAAAUACUGUGGGGAAAAUUGCAGUGAAUAUUUUAUGUCUCGGUUUGUGAAUGUAGAACAGUUAUCAGAUUAAUAUACCGAUACUUUUUAAAUGCCCGUCUAUCAAAAAUCUUUAACUUUACUGUAAUUUUAUAAGUUCCUUUCACAAAUAUAUUUUCAUUACAUUGUAACCUUCUACAUUACAAAUGUGGGUAAUUAAUUCUGGGAAACUUACAGUAAAUGUAAGAUAUUUAAAAAUUAAAAAAGCUGCCAUGCCCACCUUAUACGACCUAAACACUCAAAACUUUUUCAAACUGGCUGUAAAAGUAUUAUAUACUGACUUUAAUUUAACUAUUUGUUUGUUUUUACAUUUUCUUACACGGUCCAAUGCCGUCUGUGUGUAUAUAUGCAGAUACAUUUUGUAAAGUCAGGAGAUCUGUCUAUUUUGUAUUGAACAAUUUAAAUAAAUGACAUGCAAAUUGAGA